GAGCUAAAAUUGUCAAAUUAGAGGUGCGUUUAAGUUUUUUUUUGGUUCUGUUUUUGUCUUUUCUAUUUUUGUUCUAAUGCUUCGUUAGGUUGUUGAUGCAGACGCCAUUGUUUGUUUACGUAGCUAUGCCUGAUUCAAGAAAGAAGAUCGCUUCACUUUUUAGCUCUAGCGUGGCAAGGUAAUUCAUCCGCAGUGCUAAAUAUUUGCAGUUUAAUGUCUAUAAUACACACUUACGUUUUUUACAACGUUUCAUAUAUUUCCGAAGGAUCCUUGCCGAAGGUUAGUUUCUCCACUGUUCACUUUCCAACGCACGUUCAUUCAGAGACUAUAAUUGCCCAAAGAAUAUCUUUCGGGGUUAAUUCCAUAUCUCUGAAUCACUAUCCGUUCUUGUCUUCGCCGCCCUAUUCACUUUUAUCGAAGUUUGCAGAAAAUCUGUAGGCCCUUAGGCCUCGCUGUCAUGCUUACUUCGUGAGUGCGUAUCACUGAAUUGCUUUGCUUGUUUUUAGUCACAAAUAUGAAACUUCUUCUGGCAGAGAACGUUAUACUGAACACAAAUCCAGAAAUGAAUACUCAGCAGCGAAAAUAAAGUUUCAUGAGCGCUGAUUUCUUUUAUAAUUGCCUUGUUUCUUCGGUGAUUUAAUGUUUUGGAAGACAUUCACAGUUACGUUCCUGAAUAUCCGUAAAGCAUCAUGACCGGUUACGAGUCGAUAAUCAAGCACAAAAGUAUUUGCUUACAGUUUAUAGUCAUAUUAUUUUGUCUUAUAACGCCAUUUUUAAAGGCUAUAAGUCAAGGUUGACAACAAGAAAAAGACUGUAAAAAAAGCCAAAAACAUCGAAAACCCUUGUCCCAUGUCCGCCAUUUUGAAAACUGAAUUUUUCGCCCUGUUCACUCCAAAAUAAAAAACGGCUGUCGACAUAUUGUGACGUCACUGCGCUCGUCCAAUUGUUUUACAGUUCUUGGAAGACUGACCAAUUUCCGAUUUUCGGGCUCAAUAUGAUAAAGCCUUUUUGUAAUGCGAUUCCUUGAAUGUAUCACUUCAGAAGGUAAGCUUAAUAGCCUUGUAUGUUGUAGUGCUUUUUGUCUUACAGUCGUCAUGCAGGGUCUAAAGAUCAAAGCAGUAAACUCGAUGGUGAUGAAGAAAGAAAACCAAGCUGUUCUCGACGACUGGAACCCAGAGCAAGUGACAGAGGGGAAGAUUACGAGAGUGAUGACGAUAAUGAUGAUGAUGAUGAUGAUGAUGAUGAUGAUGAUGAUUAUGAUAAUGAUGACGAAAGCAAUGAUGACGACGACGACGACCAUGAUGAUGAUGAUGAUGAUGAUGAUGAUGAUGAUGAUUGCAUUGGUGAUGAUGACGAUGAUGAUGAGAGUGAAGUUGCUGAAGACGAAAAUUCGAACCAGACAACACGUAAGCUUAAGUCGCUGCGUACAUGAAGGUCAAAAGAACUUAUGACCGUCUAAGUAAUUGUUACAUACGACUAGGCUCUAGCUAUGCUCGGUAAGCAAUGGUAAGGUAUGGAAAUUAAUCGUAACAUUAUCCACUCACUUUUAGACGACGAAUGCGCACAGAAAGAAGGCCAUUCCCUUUCGCCUGCGUCGUCAAAGUCCAAAUCAAAAGGUUUCGGAAAAAGGCUUUUUGGAAAGUUUAAGAAGGUAAGGUAGAGUCGAUCAGUAAUAGCUUUUUUAAUUUAGCGAAAUUCGUGUUAAGACACAUUUUCUUUUUCAGUCUUCAUUACUACGUUACAAUAUGAUCACUAAACUGAAGGGUUAUUAAAGAGACACAUUUUAAUCGCUGGCAAGCCUUAGUAAGACACAAAGCUAUUUGCUCCCUCAAUAUUCGUUAUCUUUAAUUCUCUAUAAAAUUUUAAUCGCUUCUCCUGUUACCAACAAAAUGAUCUACCCCGCAAAAACAGCACCCACCUAUUUAUUGAAAUUAUUAGUCUACUUCAUUUUCAUUUAGUGAAAUUAAAGUGUUAGCACUUGACUCCGGUUUGAAAAAAGGUCAUCCAAAGUUCCCUUUUGUAAAUCAUACAAUUUUCAAUCUGCUUUUUAAUUUUUGCCUAUCGUUUUGUAUGAUAACUCGGAAGACAUAAAAAACCCCAAGCGGCCUGUGACGUUUUGAUAGCUCAAGGCAGAGCCUUUUCGAGACGUUUGGUAAAAGUACAUGUAAAACAAGAUCGAUCUGCUAUCGCCAAGGGUGCGAGCCAGUGGUAAGAUCUGGGGCACGCCUCCUUCAUACACUCUUUUUCUUUUAUAAGAAUAUGUUUUAUAAGAAUAUCGAGGCUGAAAUUUGCGAAAUUUUAAGAAUGUUUUAAGAAUAAAGCCGAGGCUGAGAUUUUGAAAAGGAUAGAUAUAAUUUUGGGUGUUGAAACAUCUGUAAAUACAAUACAAUUUUAUGUUUUUAACUUAACCGUAUAAAAUUAUUCCUUUCUAGCUCGGAACGGCGAAACUGGCCAACAAAACGAAAAAACCUGCUCUAGCUAUAGCAAAAUGUUCAACGCUAAUGAACGGUACAUGUAAUACGUAUACAUAUACCCCAAUACAUUCUAAAACGGAAAUCAGUCAUAAGCUAUAAUUUUUAAGAAUAAUACAAGAAUAUUUUCAGCCUAAAAUCGGCAGAAAAAUAAGAAUAUUCAGCCUGGGCCGGAAAAACAACAUUCUUAUAAAAAAAAAAGAGUGUACCAUCCUCCCAGAAAAGUUUGAAAUGUGGAAGCUCGAAAACGCUAUUCUCGGAAUGUUUCAUAAGGUCUUGCUAUGUCAUGGCCGGACCUUUAUUGGCAUAGAUCUGCGAUCACCGAGGCCGCAAUCGGGUAGCCGGGGCGGGGGGAUGUGCGGGAACACGCACGUCUCCCUCACUCCUUCCUCCCUGAAACUUGGAAUCUACGGAUUUAGAAACGCUGUUUCUGGAAUGUUUCACAAGGUGUUUCUUCAGAAAAGUCAAUCUCAUUCAUCUAGGGAUUACUUUGCAAAUUAAACCAUUUUUUCUCUAAUUUUAGCUUAGUGAAAAUCUAUAGACGAGGCAAGUACCUUGUCUUACCUCUUUUGCUAGCUAUUGCCCCACAACUUACCGGCAACUUAGAUCUUGUGAAAGGUUUGAGCCCACGCCGGAGUCAUUUCAUAAGUUGGCUGAGCAUGAUCGUUCGGGUGAAUGUAGUCCUGAAUAGGACUGUUGUUGACAUUGACUGAUGUUUCGACAACUUGUGGGGUAGUCAUUUUCAAAGUCAAAGUGAGUUGUAUCAAGUCAGUUGAUGGUAUGGUAUUGACUUGGUUGGUCAAUUAAUUAAGUCGCAAUCUUAGUGGUCGUCUGUCAGUUAAGCCGUGAUGUUAGUUUCUAUGAAGAGUCGAAAUGUCAUUGCAUUUUGGUGCGUGUCGAUCCGUCUAUUGUCACAGUUUAACAGUCGUUUAUUGUUAGUCAAAUUGUCGGUUGUCCAGUCUCGUAGUUAGUUUUGCUUGAGUCCAUCAAUAAAUCGUUUGUACGGUGCCGGUAACUGUUGAUCUUGCCUACUUUUGUUAUUUUAUUUCACUCAGCUCAAGCCAGACCGAAAGUACCAGGGACUUUUAGCCCAAAUUACCUCCUUGGAAAGCGAGAAAGCAGUCGCUGAGUCCAAAAUUGACCAGCUACAACUUGAUAUGUCUAACGAGGCAGCAGAAGUAGAAAAGGCACACAAAGAAAGAGACGAUUUAAAGGUUGAAGUCUCGAGAUUACAGUUGGAGGUAAAAGGACCAAAAACAAAGUUAGCAAGAAAGAAUAUUAAGACACUACAUGUAUUUAGGAAUGGGAUAAGGCACAGACCAUGCGGUCUUUUGAGGUACUUUGUCAACUUGAAGACGUUUCAGAAUGCGACGAAAAUUCCGCAGGUUUUUAUGAAGUAUUCUAAUUAACAAUUAUUCUACCAGUGCGCGUUGGACAGGAGAUGGUAGGGGCCAAAGUGGCGCGUAGCGCCGAGUUGGCUAUAAUCACCUCAUAUCCAACAAGCGCGAGUUGAAGAAUUGUUUUAUCAAAAACGCCCACAAAAUAUCGAGAAUUCUUCCCGAUCUUUAUUUGUAAAACCAACCGAUUUUCAGCUUGUUUUUAAUUUUGAACAGACGCGUACAGUUACCAUAUUUGGAGAGCAUGGUAUAAUGGCUCAUUUACCAUGAAGGCUAAGCAAAUCAGAGCUCUAGAAUUCUAUUACUAAAUGAUUCAGUUUUUAAUAAUACUUGUUAUUACCAAAACCGUUUUUCUUCAACGGCAACCAGUUUAUCAGUGGUAUUCAUGUUUCCACUAACGGGAAAUUUACCGUAUGUAGGCUUUCCCACCUCCAUCUUCCCUCCCACAUCAACAAAAGGUCGGUUCUCAAAAUUCUGGUUGCACUUUUAAAACAACCACUGGGAACUGUAGAAAUAUUAUUUAUCCUUAUUAUUUUAUUCUUUUAGCUCGAAAAGGCACAAUCGGAGAUGGAAAAGAUGAUCGCUUCGGAAGCUCUUGAGGUGAGCGCAUGAUCCUUUCCCCCCGUGUUGUUUCAAUUUUAACUGGCCAGGAGCCCGUUUCUCGAAAGUCCCGGUAACUUUACAGGCCCGAAAUCAAAUAUUCAAAUAGAAAUAUAAAGAAUAAGAGCGCGGGUCCUGGCUAGCAAAAUACUCCAUUUUGUUUCAUUAACUGACAGUUUUAUCAUGUUAGAUGCAAAACUAUUGAAACCUCGAUCUUUAAUGUAAACGGAGACAGCAGUAGCGGGCCCGUUAAUUAUCGGGACUUUCGAGAAACGGGCUCCAGGUAUGUUAGGAAUGAGUUGUGGAGUGUUAGCCGUUCUCAUUGCCGUCGCCGUCGCUGUCGCCGUUGCCGUUGCCGUUGCCGUUGCCGUUGCCGUUGCCGUUUGUCAUGUGUGUAGUUUGUUGUUGUUGUUGUUUUUUUUCAAUAUCGAGCAGUACGUUAAUCCAAGGUUCAUGUUUUUACCGAAUUAGAUGCGUUUGUGCGAAGGUUAUUUAUGGAAGCGGGGCGUGCGAGGACCUACGGGAAGGAAUUGGAGGUAUCGCUGGUUUAAAGCAAAGAAGAAUGGCGAGAUCCGUUAUUACAAGAGAGACGGAAAGAUGAAGACUUUAAGAGGGUUGGUAUCUGAGUAAAUAUAAUUGUUGUCUUUAAUAACACUGUCUGAACACAUUCACCCACUAGGUUAAUUCAGCUAUCGUACUGCGUUGUAUCUCUGGAAAAGAUGAAGCUAAAUAAAUGCUGUCCAGUCCGUUAGUUGGAGAGAAGCGCAUAAGAGCUCCUCUUAAUUCCCUUAUGUAACUAAACGAGUGCCUGAUCCUGGGGCUAAAAGGUCGCACUGUGUAAGGUAAACGUUGCAAGGCGUAUUAUGUUAAUUGACGGAGCAAGUUUUUCGCGACUAACUUUAGAUGAUUCCAUGCAGCGCAGAUAGGCGAGAUUAUACGCACAAAAAAAAUUAAUAAUAACAAUAGAGAAUACCGCUUUCACAAACAUAACAAUACAGUCACGAAAUACUCUUUUACUGACAAAUCAGAGUUGACGUAACAUUAAAUGUUAAAUUCGCCACAUCGGAUGGACUAAUGUAUUUUUACGUUUGUAGAUCCAUAGAUGUUCGCAUGAUCACUGAAGUUACCGAUCUGCCAGAUUCGGAACAAAAUGAAGAGAAUUCCUGCUUUAACAUCAUUACACCUGAUAGAACUUAUGAGAUAAAGGGAAUUGACGAGGACGAAAAAUUAAGGUAUGAAAAAGUUGUAACUCCACAUCUUUGUUUUGUUUUUGUUUUUUAGUCUUUAUUGGCGAAAUUUCUUAUCAAAGCAGGCAAUAUUUUUGCAGCGAUCAUCCUUCUAUUUAGGUGGGUACCCCUUCAAGGAUAGAAGACGAAUCUUCGGAGUCGCAUGAGAGAAAAUAGAAAAUUCUAUCAAAACCUGUUUAUUAGUCAACACUAUGGAAACGAUCUGUGUGACUAGAGGGGGGGAUCCAGGAUUUUUCUUAGGAGGGUGGGGGGGGGGGUGGGGAGAUGGUGGGCGGACUCUAAAAAAUUUUUUUCGGUCUAAAAAUAAGGGGGGGAGCGGGCCCCCCUGGGCCCCUCCCCUGGAUCCGCCACUGGAGGGGAUGCACCACUAAGGAAUGGCAGAAGGGGGGGUGUGCACUCCAUGCACCCUCCCCCCUAGAUCCGCCCCUAGACUAUACGCUCAGGCACACAUGACUUCUUUUUCCUGCUAAAUCAUCCAGCUUCGAUAACGGAUUUUGGGAUAUUUGUUAUAACCUUAGACAAGUAGAAACCACUGAAAACGCUUCAUAUGUUUUUCUCUUGAUAGGUGGAUGAAAGCCAUUAAAGAUUUGAUUUACUGGAUAAAUCAAAAAGAUGGAAAGCAGUGAAAAACUCUGAGGAAAUACAAACAGUGGCUCUUCUAUCAGCGACCCCGGCUUUGAGUAGAGGCAAUUAAUGACCUGGGGCCGGUUGCUCGAAGCCUGGUUAGUGCUAACCGUUGGUUAAGAGGUAUCAAAAUGUAUAGGUUUCCAUGGUAUUUAACGUUGGUUAGCACUAACCAUGCUUCGAGCAACCCGGGCCUGGUCAAUUGCUGAAAAUACUCCAGUUUGGGGAAAAGGACACGGCAUCUUUAUAGUUUUUAAAAAUACAAGUAUUUAUUAUUCAUUCAAAAUUGUUCUUCGUUUUUUACUGGUUUGCAUCCCGGGUUAACUCUUCAUGGCCAGUCUGCGCUGACCAAGUCAGUGAGAUAUCAUAUGCUUUCUGAUAUUUUACCUGUAUUUUAUUUCUGUUAUUUUAUUGUUAUUGAGGUCAAGAGUGAUUAUCACUCAUUCAAAACAAUUUCGCCUUUGCUGAUUGGCUCCAAUCCCCCGGGUUAAUUCUUCAUACCCAGCUAGCCUUGACCAAAUUUGAAAGAUGUUUGCGAUAUCCAUUACUAAUAGCGUAAUUAGAACAGGCUAUCGCCAAAAGAAAGGGUCAAGGGGAAGAGGCUGCUUUAGUUCGGAUAUUGGAAGAGCUGGAGAAAAUAGCUAAAAAUUAUUUGCGUUCAAGGUGGAGGAGAAAUUGUCCGAACUUCUGCCUAAAACAUAGCAAGAACAGCAAAAAUCAGGAGCCUGCAAAAAUACUCUCAACGUAUGAUAACUGCUAUUUGAAGAAUAUCUCCCGAAGAAUAGUGGUUGAAUUUCAAAAACGCAAAGCGUUGAGGUAUAUAUCUAGCGCUGUUCACCGACCCUGAGGGGAUAGUUGUUUUAGUAUUUACCAAAUCAGUUGGAUAAAACUGAAAAAAGUAACUUUUUUCAUUUGUAAAUUAAAAACGUCACUUGGUGGGUACUUUGUUUACAAUUUACAAAAAUUUCGAGGAUUUUGUCAAGUGCAUUUUUACGAUUUUGUUGCAAAUUCAGCAUGAAAAUAAUUUUCUACCUACCAGUAAACAAUAACAAGCCAGAGUUCGUCGCUUUCUUGGUAUUUGUAUGUAUGACGGCUUCAUUUAUCGCUCAAAUUUCGUCUUUCGAAAAUGUCUCGAAACGAGACGCCAUCUUGGCUCCGGUCGCAAAACAGUGAAUAGCCAAGGAUAUUCCGAGUUACGGGAGCCAAUCAAAACGCGCGAAAAUUGCUAUUUACUGAUUUGGUGAAUACUAAAUAUCCUGAAUUUGCUGACAAUUGAAACAAAUGAUCCCAUUUCCCUUAUAAAUCGAUAAUAAAUAAUAACUAGAAACCUCAUUGUGGUUAUCAUUGAUAGAGAGAUUAAGAUUCAUGUUUACGCCAAACGGCAAACGUAAAUUUGUACCACGUGACCAAGUUUUUCCCUUAAUUGUCGUUAACUGUUUAUUACUUUAACUAAAAAACUAAGUAGUUUCACGCCAGUUUUAUACAUAAUAAUUGUUCUGGGAAGUUUCUAUCUGAUUAUUUUCUAUUCUGAGAAAUUCUCAACUUGAAUCUGACGUUUGCCGUUUGGCGUAAGCGUGAAUCUUUAUCUCUCUACUAAGAGACAGAGAAAAGCCUCAGCAUCUUUUCUUUGAAGCGUUAAUUUUUUAAAAUGAUUUACAAAAAAUAUAGGCAUUUAUUUAGUACCUUUAUUGCAGAUUAAAAUAAAACAGUGUUGUGUAAAAAUAAUGCAUUGAUGUUGCCGUAGUCCCAUCUUUUAAAGACUCUGGAAAGCGGUUGUGAGCCACCUUGAUUAAAUAUCCAAAAGUGCUUUUUCUAAUACUAACAAAGUUUGUUCUUAUCUCUUCCUUGAAUCAUAAGUUGGUCUUUUAAUGUCGACAAAUAGAGGUAAAGUACUCACAAAGAUCUGUCAAAACAUCUCCGUGUAAAUGAAAUAGUCCUUGUCUACAAAUUCAUGUGCAAACAACGCUUUUUUACCAUUACUGAGAUACCAAGUCGUAGUUGCAAGUCAGACACUCGUCAUCUUCCAUGCAACUUUUAAUGCAUGGAAAAACUUAAGAGAGCACAGAAGAUAUAGGGCGCUGUGCAGAAGGACAUUCUGUCUUCAACCUGAAAUUAAAUACGGUUAUUAGAAUUGCACAAAAGGUGGCAGAUGAGACGCUUUAAGGAACUAGACACCUUUAACAGGUACUGGUUAAGACUAUUUACUUAAAACUUAAACCAGUCAAACAACACAGCCACACGUUGGUCACCACUACCGAAGUAUAACUAGGCUAGCCAAAGCGACGGAUGUCGUAAUAAAACGAAUGAUUUUACCGGUAUUGGUGUUUUCGAAUUUAGUGUUGACCCAACAAAUUUAUUCUGAGGAGACAAACGGCGCGCACGCGCAUAACCGUGAUCGCGUACCUUUAAUCUCGGUGGGGUGUUGGCGGGGGGUUAUUAGUUUAGUGCUAGCGCUAAUUAAAGCUUUUCAUCUACCUCUUUCACAUACCUUGUUUAGAGCUAGCGCUUUGCACUCCUUUCAACUGCUGUAAAUGCAAACGUUGGUGAAAACAGUUGUGUAGUUAUGGUGAGUUAUCAAAAGCUGUUAUGAAACUUUAAAAGGGUUUAAGAAGAUGUUUGAUCAUGGAGGUUCAGAAGAGCAUCGUGGCCCUCCGGUAACAGGACGUUCUCAAGAGUCUUUGAAGAUAGAGAAGCUUAGCCGAUCGAUCUGGUAUGGUUCUUGGAGUACUGUGUGGCUUACGAAAAGAAUACACGACUCUUGGAAAGUGGUUAAAGGCAUGCAUGAGUUCGUUCACCUUUGAUUUGAUUUUUGACUCCGACCUGUAGUUAUACCGCAACAGGCCGCGUGAUCUUCACCGAUCUGAUACACUUGAAAUGUUCCUUGUAUCUUUGCUGUAUGAUCGUAUAUGAUUAAGAAUUGAUGUUUUAAAAUAAGUUAUUGCCUGAAUAUUCUGUUUAUAAUCUAGUUUCUUUAUGUGUUCAACUCGAUAACAUUUGUUUUGCGGAACACUGACCCGAUGCGACGCGAAUGAAUUUGUUCCAUUGAAAUUUAUGCUCAAUUAAGGAUAAUCUUUAUACUCAUACGUUGAGUGUUUUUGUCACCGGUAAGGCGCUAUUUGUAGGUAUUUCUCGGUUUAUAUAAGGCGAACUGAGAGAACAGUAAUAAAAUGUUUGUUUACAAAUUUUGUUUGCCGAUCGGUGACUGCUUUGUUAGCGUGGGUACGACCUCGUAAAAAUACACGUUGGUAAAUGUUUGUUUCAAAGAAGGACAGGGCUGUAAAUCGUAUUCUUAUUGGCCGUAACAUAUAUCUAAGGAGCAGCAAAGAAUAAGCUUGAAUUAUGGGGAUAUAUAAAAUCAAACCAUAUGCCCGGAAAUACUCUCGCGUUGCCAACAAUGAAUUUGAAUUUGUAAAUUUACUUGCGUGCAUCUAACUCGCUUCCGAUUGGUUUAAAAACAAUCAGCUACUGUCAGAACUCACACAUGCGCAUUAUCGUGAACCAGUUCCUUUAAAACUUCGAACACCUAGCAGGAGCCCGGAACUAUGACUGACCAAUAGAAACAGCCUUUAAUUAUUCAUUUGGUCAUACUUGCACGGUCAGGGGGCUCCCAACAUCAGCCGCCGUUGAUCACAGUCGUCUGUGGUUAGCUUCCCCAGCUUUCAUAUUCACGGUCCUAUAUUGCUAUGUUCAGACUCAAUUGCUUGUUCACUUAGGCUUUGGAAGACUCAAGAAGAAAGAUCGCUAGAGAUUAUAGCGGUAACAUGGCAAGGUACAAGCUUCAUUUGAAUUGUCUCCACCCUCUGCUGAUUUUGUAUAACAUUAUUAUGUCCGCGUGUGAUAAUUUCUGUCCUUGCGUUUUAAUUAAUCGUUGGUUAGAGCAUUCAUUGUCACAUUUACGGGUUAUCUCUUGUGCUAAGCUUGUUUGUCGCUGGCAGUUUACUAAAACACAAAGCAUGAGUUCUUUCUACUCGGCUUAUUAGGUUUCAAGUUAAAAAUUCCAUGUUUACCUCUCACCACUUGAAAGGAAUUCUAUUAUUUUCUAAUUCCAUAGGGGUGUAAGCAGAGGUUUUUGAGGAAAGGGUUAAGAAAUAGACCUUGUUUCGUAUGCUUGCAUGCUUGCUUAACGAACAACUGACUGCAUGGUUUAAAUUUACCAGCUAAUUGUUGAUACCAGCUAGCGCUGACCAAAUAUGGAAGACGGUUGUUUUGAUAGUGAGAACAGCGGAGGAUUUCACACGAUUUGCGAAGAAGAAAUAGCCGAACUACUGCCUAAAAAGAUCCCUAAAAUACCAUUCAAUAAGUGAUAACUCCUAUUUUAAGAAUAUCUCCUAGACAAAACAUCUCUUCACAUCCUGAGAAACAGAAAAAUAAAGACAGGAACUUUGCAUCGAUGGAGGUAAAAUCUGAAACAUUUUGAAUGAAAGAUAAAACAAUUAAUUUCGUCUGGAGUCCAUAACCCGGAGCAAGCAACUCCGGCCCCCACUGACUAGGCUUAAUGUCACAGUGUUUUGAUGGACGGGUUCAUUUUAUAUAGAGUCCGUGAAAAUGGAAGCCCAGCUCCGCCCAUGCAUGCAUGAGGGAAUUCGAAGUGUACGAUAUGAAAAAGUACAUGAUACUUUCUCUCUUACAGUGCUCAAAGAAACCAAAGCUCUUUCUGUUUCGAUGAAGAAACUGAAGAAAGAAGAUUAAGGGGUUCUCGACGGCUAAAAUACAGUUCAAGUGACAAAGAUCACGAUAAGGAUUAUGAUGAUGAAAGUAAAGAAGAAGAGGGAAGCGAGAGGCAACCGAAAGGCAAGCUAAACGGCUAACGUAUGAUCUAGCUAUGUCGUUAAUUUUUUAGCAGCUUACAAAACCUUGUCGUAAAACAUAAGUUCCUUAACUUAAAUUCUGUCUUAGGUUAAACCAAGAUAGGACAUUUUAAUUGCAAUUUUUGAAUAAUAAUAAUAAUAAUAAUAAUAAUAAUAAUAAUAAUAAUAAUAUGAUAUAGAGAUUACAGAAAAAUGGUACGAACACGAACCAGAGACCGUGACACACAAUAAAGAUAACAACAUCACCAUCAUGUGGGACAUGCCAGUCAAUACUGAUAGAACUAUAACAGCGAACAGACCAGAUAUCAUCGUUAAAGAUUCAGUGAAUUCCACCUGCAAACUUAUUGAUAUGACUGUUCCAUCAGAUAGAAACAUCGCACUGAAGGAAACUGAAAAAAAAUGCAAGUACAAAGACCUAGAACUAGAAAUACAGAGAAUGUGGCAUAUGAAAACCGUAAUGAUCCCUGUGGUUGUUGGCGCGCUUGGUACAGUGAAGAAGCUAGGGUAUGGUAGAAAACAUCAAGAAAGUAUCAGAGAGAGCUACUAUGGCAGAGAUUCAAAAGAUCUACAUGCUGGGAUCUGCACGAAUCCUUAGAAAGGUGCUCAGUAUAUGAACAGAAUGAUUGACUUGAGUGACUGACGCUCUAGGUGCAUGGUUUGCGCCCGGCUGAUGCACAAAAAGAACACCAGCAAAGACUGUGAUAAUAGAGACAAUAAUAAUAAUAAUAAUAAUAAUAAUAAUAAUAAUAAUAAUGAUCAUGAUGAUGACGAUGAUGAUGAUGAUAAUAAUGACAAUGAUAAUGAUAAUGACAUACGAGGCAAAAUAUUUCUGUUCACUUAUAAGCUAUUGGUAGUCACUGAGAUAAAGACAGUGCCCUGCUUGGACUCAAAUAGCAUAGUCAUUAUGAUAAGAUUUGGAACUCUGCAGGGGCGACAACUACUUUGAUGUGCCACAAACUCUUUAGUGGAGACAAUCUUAGACUUUCUCACACUGUUACGAUUAUCAUUGAUAGCAAAAAACAAAAAAUCAGACAGCUCCACAUAAAUGAAGCGGGCGGGAAUAUAAAGGGUUUUUUACUAGGCCUAACUCACGUAUUUUGAAGUUUUACACCACGCGGCAUGUUAGUAAUUCGCAUUCUUUCUCUCCACUGACGCAUCCAGACCUUCAGAUAAGGGAAGAGGGGCCAGUCAUCCAGACCCUGAGUGAACGGGGGGGAGGGGGGGUCCCGGUCUCAAAAAAACUUUUUUUUUCGGGCCUCAGUUUGGUCUAAAACUAAAGGGGGGGUCCCUCCCCUGGAUCUACCACUGCUCUCUCCCUACAAAGCAACCAAUAAUUGUUGGUAAUAUCAAACACUGCUCACCCUUUCAGACACAGACGUAUCUAAUAAGAAGAAAAAAUCAUCCUCUGCUGCUUCCACCAAGCCCAAAUCGAAAAGUUUCAAAGUUUCGUGUUUUGGAAAGCGAAAGAAGGUAAUAUUAAAGUCACCUAGAAUAGACUCGAUUUCCGGCGCUCUCUUACAUGUAUGUCCGGUCUAGUGUUGACCUGAACCUGAACGGUUGUAGCAAAGCAGUAAUUUUUCUCAAUUUGGUAUUUUUCUGAAAUUUUUCUGAAAUGGCCGGAAGACUUCAUACGCUUAUAGGAUUCAUUACAUGACCGAAAAUAUACUGCUUCUAAUUGGUGAUAAAUUAAUCAGCAAAACUUGAACUUUUUACCGUUACCAAUUAAAAGCAAAGUGAAGGGAGAAUGUUUCCCUGUCACGAGCUUUCUACCUUUCAAAAAAGUCUCAAAAGACAAUUUUUAUCACUUUAGCCUGCGUGCGUGCAAGCUUUCCUGCCGCUAUUUUAGUGGCAAAGGGAGAAUGGGGGAUAAGUGCCCAUUGUGCAUUUUUUUAUAUAUUUCCUCAGCUCAAAAACGACCGCAAGCACCAGCAACUUUUGGGUGAAAUUGAGCACUUGAAAAGUGAAAAGGAUGUCGCUGAGUCUAAAAUCAGACAACUACAACUUCAAAUGUCUAUCGAGGAGGAAGAGGUCUCCAAGGCCCAAGAGGAAAGAGACGAGUAUAAGGCAGAAGUAUCAAAACUACAGCUUGAAGUGGAAGGAUUGAAGGCACAUGUAGCAAAUAAUGAUAACGAUAAUGAUAAUAAUGAUUAUGAUGACGAUGUUGUUGAUGAUAAUGAUGAUGAUGAUGAUAAGAUGCUUCAAGUUGCCAGGAAAUGCCUUCGUUUAUCAAUCCCACGUUACAUGACAGACUUAACCCAGUUAACCCUUGGACCUAUAAGCGGGGAGGGGAAGUGGUUGCCACCCCCCUCUGAGGCUUUCAAAGUUUGUUCAUUUAAAACAUUUAAACAGCAGCACCUGACCUUUUCGGUAGUUGUUCGUUUAUCCCUCGCUGGCAUUGUAAGACAAUUCUAUUGAUUGCCAGUUACUAUGGUUACAAGAUAUGACGUCAUAAGUAGCAGGUGGUCAAGCCAUUUUUGAGAGAAAAUGCACGUUUUCCAACUUUUUUUAACAAUAAAAGUAAAACUUGUAGUAUAAAGUUCUUCUUUAUGUAUUAUUUUACAUGUCAAGCACAAAAACUUACCAUAUAUUGCGAUUUUAACCUGAUUUCGCACCUCCUCGUCAAGAAAUUAAAGAUCUGUUCUCAAAUACUGGUUGCACUAUUAAAAUAACCACUGGGAACUGUGGAAAUAUUAUUAAUUUCUUUUUAUUUUCUUCUUUUGGCUCGAAAAGGCACAAUCAGAGAUGGAAAAAAAUGAUCGCUUCGGAAGCUCUUGAGGUGAGCGCAUAAGGUUUUUGCGCGUUUUUGAAUAAUAGGUCUCCAAAAAAAUUUUUUUUCGGCCCUUCAAGCCCCAUUUUGGUCUAAAAAUAGGGGGGGGGGGGGAAGCGGGCCCCCUGGGCCCCUUCCCUGGAUCCGCUACUGGAGGGGAUGCACCACUAAGGAAUGGCGUAACUGCUGGUGACGUAAACAAAUUUUUAAAGUGAAUACGAAGAAGAAGGCAUGUGACUAGGCAAUAACAUAAUGUGAACUGCUGAAAAUACAUAUCAUACAGAUCUACAUAUUUUGCAGAAUAGCAGUUGUAUUAGAAAGCCGCAGGUUAUCUGGGGGGGGGGGGGGGGUUGCGCACCUCCUGCACCCUCCCCCUAGAUCCGUCCCUGGACUAUACGCUCGGGCACACAUGAGUUCUUUUUCCUGCUAAAUCAUCCAGCUUCGAUAACGGAUUUUGGGGGUAUUUGCUAUAACUUAGACAAGUAGAAACCACUGAAAACGCUUAAUAUGGCUUUCUCUCGAUAGGUGGAUGAAAGCCAUUACAGAUUUGAUUUACUGGAUAAAGCAAAAAGAUGGAAAGCAGUGAAAAACUCUGAGGAAAUACAAGCAGAGACUCGUCUAUCAGCGACCUUUGAGUAGAGCCGGUUAUUGACCUGGUCAAUUGACGAAAAUGAUCCAAUUUGGGGAGAAGGACAUGGCAUCUUUAUAGUUUUUUCAAAAAUACAAUUAUUUAUCAUUCAUUCAAAAUUGUUCUUCAUUUUUUACUGGUUUGCAUCCCGGGUUAACUCUUCAUGGCCAGUCUGCGCUGACCAAGUCAGUGGGAUAUUACAUGCUUUUUGUUAUUUUACUUGUACUUUAUUUCUGUUAUUUUAUUGUUAUUGAGGUCAAUCGUAAUUAUCAUUCAUUCAAAACAAUUUCUCCGUUUCUGAUUGGCUCAAAUUCCCCGGCUAAUUCCUCAAAACCAGCUAGCGUUGACCAAAUUUGGAAGAAGUUUGCGAUAUCCAGUAAAACAGCGUAAUUAGUAUACAACUAUCCCCCAAAGGGAAGAUGAAUAGUGGUGUGUGUAUAUAUCUAGCGCUUUUCACCGACCCUGAGGGGGAUAGUUGUUUUAGUAUUAACCAAAUCAGUUCAUAAGACUGAAAAAAAAGUAACUUUUUGUAAAUUAAAAAUGUCACUUAGUAGGAACUUCGUCUACAAUUUACAAACAUUUCGGGGAUUUUGUCAAGUGCAUUUUACGAUUUUGUUGCAAAUUCAGCAGGAAAAUAAUUUUUCUACCUCCCAGUGAACACCGAGAAGCCAAAGUUCGUCGCUUUCUUGGUAUUUGUUUGUACAACUGCUUCAUUUAUCGCUCAAAUUUCGUCUUCCCAAAAUGUCUCGAAACGAAACGCCAUCUUAGCUCCGGUCGGAAAACAGUGAAUAGCCAAGGAUAUUCCGAGUUACGGGAGCCAAUCAAAACGCGCGAAAAUUGCUAUUUACUGAUUUGGUGCAUGAAUACUAAAUAUCCUGAAUUUGCUGACAAUUGAAACAAAUGAUCCUAUUUCCCUUAUAAAUCUAUAAUAAGUAAUAACUAGAAGCCUCAGUGUGGUUAUCAUUAAUAGAGAGAUAAAGAUUCACGUUUACGCCAAACGGCAAACGUGAAUUUGUUCCACGUGACCAAGUUUUCCCCUUAAUUGUCGUUAACUGUUUAUUACUUCAACUAAAAAAAAUAAGUAGUUUCACGCCAGUCUUAUACAUACAAAUUGUUCUGGACAGUUUUUAUCUGCUUUUUUCUAUUCUGAGAAAUUCUCAGCUUGAAUCUGACGUUUGCCGUUUGGCGUAAACGUGAAUCUUUAUCUCUCUAAUAAGGGUCAGAGAAAAGCCUCGACAUCUUUUCUUUGAAGCGUCAAUUUUUACAAAAAAUAUGGGCAUUGAUUUAGUACCUUUAUUGUAGAUUAAAAUAAAACAGUGUCGUUUAAAAAUAAUUCAUUGAUGUUGCCGCAGUCCCAUCUUAAGACUCUGGAAAACGUUUGUGAGCCACCUUGACUAAAUAUCCAAAAGUGCUUUUUCUAAUACCAACAAACGUUUGUUCCUAUAACUUCCUUGAAACAUAAGUUGGUCUUUUAAUGUCGAAAAAUAGAUAUAGAGGUAAAGUACACAUAAAGGUCUGUCAAAACAUCUCUGUGUAAAUGGAGUAGUCCUUGUCUACAAAUUCAUCUGCAAACAACGCUUUUGUAUCAUUACUGAGAUGCCAAGUUGUAGAUGCAACUCACACACUCGUCAUCUUCCAUGCAGCCGCUUUUAAAGCAUGGAAAAAUUUAAGAGAACAUAGAAUAUAAAGGGCCCUUUGCAGAGGGACAUUCUGUCUUCAACCUGAAACUAAAUGCGGUUAUUAGAAUUGCACAAACGCAGGCUGAUGAAACGCUUUAAAGAACUAGACACUUUUAACAGGUAAUGGUUAAGACUUUUUACUUAUAAUAAACCCUUUUAAAGUUUCAUAACAGCUUUUGAUAACUCACCAUAACUUCACAACUGUUUUCACCAACGUUUGCAUUUACAGCAGUUGAAAGGGGUGCAAAGCGCUAGCUCUAAACUAAGUAUGUAAAAGGGGUACCAUUUGUCAAUUGAAGGUAUACGAAAGGGUUACCUUUUCUAUAAAUAAUGGUAUAUAAAAGGGUAAGAGGUCACAGCUUGGAGCGGAGCCCUUGGCUGAGUACACUUCUCCCCCCUCCCCUCCCCCGUUACCCCGACGAGAUUAAAAUACAAUCCCGGGUUAGCGCGGGGCCUUCGGAAAACUGGCAUGAGCCCGGAACUAUGACUGACCAAUAGAAACAUCCCUUUAAUUUAUUCAUUUGGUCACACUUGCACGGUCAGGGGGCUCCCAACAUCAGCCGCCGUUGUUCACAGUCAUCUUUGGUUAGCUUCCCCAGCUUUCAUAUUCAGUCUUUCAUAUUGCUAUGUGAAGACUCAAUUGCUCGCUCUUGCCAGACUCAAGAAGAAAGAUUGCUAAAGAUUAUAGUAAUAACAUGGCAAGGUACAAGCUUCAUUUGAGUCGUGUCCAUCCUCUGCUGGUUUUGAAGCAUUUAAUUAACAUUAUUAUGAGCGUGUCUAAUAAUCUCUGUCCUUGCGUAUUAAUUAAUCGUUGUUUAGAACAUUCAUUCUGGUCACAUGUACGGGCUAUCUCUUGUGCUAAGCUCAUUCGGUUGUCCCAGUUUACUAAAACACAAAGCAUGAGUUCUUUUUAGUCGCCUUAUUAACAUUUAUUAGGUUUCAAGUUAAAAAAGUCCAUGUUUAGCUCUCAUCCACUUGAAAGGAAUUCUAUUCGUUGUCUGCCGUUACCUGUUGUAGUUUUGAAACUAUUCAGUGCUAGAAAGACGUGAUUGGAAGAAAAUUCUCGAAGGACUUAGUCUGCUACACAGCCGUUUUUAGUGUCGUCACGCAACGCUCCGUUGCGUGACGACACUAAAAACGGCUGUGUAGCAGACUACGAAGGACUUCGGUGAGACGGAAAGAAGUUGAAAGGGAAAUGAGGCAAUAGAGAAGGAAAUUUAUUUAUAGGAUAAUGCCUGAGCCCCGAGGCCUUCUUCGUUGCUCGCUUGGCCGCUUCGAGGCCUAAAAAGCUCGCUUCGCUCGCUAAGAAACUUCGUGAGGUCGACUUGUAGCAAGUCGACGCUCGACGGUCGUACUCGAUCAAACGUGCGAUUACUGAAGGCCUGUUUGUUUGACUUUUAUGUUUAAAUAUUAACACUGAUAAAAAAUGAAGUAACGAAAAAAAAAAAAAAAAACCCUAAAUAUUACCCUAUAACAAAACAAGUGUAUAUUUUGCGGAAAUUUUGUACGGUGAACCUUCCCCCCUAAUCCCCCCGAAUCCUUUGUUAGCGAUUUGAUAGGACGAUUGUCACAUCUGCAUAAUACACCAUAAUAGAUCGUUUUCACUGUCACGUAACAAUUAAAUUGGAAACAGUCCAGUGGAAGAAGCCAAGAAAAUGAAAUGUCAUAAACGACUAAUAUAUAAAUAAUUUUACCAAGUCUCACGUCUUUGUGGCCCACAGUUUCUGAGUUAUUUGCCGAAACGUUUCACGCACCUUUGUAGAGCUAGGUAUGGAGACGCCAUAUCGGUGCGCCGUUUUGGUGCACCAAUAUGGCCGCCGGAAAUCAACAAAAACAUCUGGAGUUCACUUUUUCUAUAAAAGAUCUUUCUUUUCACUCGAGAACUACCAUACGUACGCAUAAACAUAUCCUGUAAUACUUGAAGUGGUAUCAAGAGGAGAGACUUUUUUUCAACGAGACAGCAUUCCUAUUUUGGUGUCACGCACUGUAAAAACACGGAAGUUCAAAUUGCUGUAUUUUCGAAAUGAAACAUGCUACGGCAAUGGAAACUUAUAGAAAGAUUUACCUUUUGGUUAUCUUCAACCUAGUGUAAAUAAGAAUUCGUAAAACCUCGCUAUUUUGACUUUGCAAUUUGAUGACGUCACAGUGAAAACCAUCUAUAGACAUUGAAGGUCGAAUUACCGCGAGUGUUACGGCGACAUUCAAGGCAGAAGCCGGCCUUUUCCCUCUCACUAUCAUAAACAUAGGCACGUUAAACGUGCAUGAGCUAUUUUGAAUGCUUCAGUGUAACUAUAAUACUUCGGUGUAACCUUACCAAGAGUGAUGAAUCUACCUUAUUCAUCCUAAAUGUAGAUUUGGUUUUUGUGCGAAAUUGGGUAUUGCGCUACAUAAAUGAAAACGCGAAACGCUCAGCUGAGUCGAUCCUCAACCUAUAUAUUCACUUUCCUCUGUCUUUCCCCGUUACAUCUGGUGCAAGUUAAACAAAUUGUUGAAGUAAAAUAAAUUUCUACUCACCAAACGUUGAUUAGAAGGAAAACUCUAAGGUUUCCUCGGAGUUUCUUAAGCCAAAAUGUGACUCAUCGAAUACUGAAUAGUUACGAAAUACCAGGAUUCUUAUCAUUGAGGUAAAUGGUUGCAUCAUCAUAAUUCACGAGGUUUUCCCUCUCACUAUUAUAAAAAUGUAAACAAUAAUGCACUUCAGAGUUUAACAGUCAUUUUGUUCUCUUGUACAUAUGUAUAACCGAACAUUGACAUUCAGUUUGAUAUUUGGAACUUUUUCUAUUUUAAGGUUCAAUAAAGGUUGAUUAUGAUUACUCAAGCGAGAUUUACUUGUCAAGAAAUGAUCAGAAAUGGAUUCCGAACAAAAUCGAAUCGGAUUGAGUUCGAUUACUCUCGAUUAUGUUCGAUUGGUUCGAUAAUCGAACUCACAGGAAAAUAGAGGUGCCAUUAUGUUCGAUUACCUAACCCAAUCGAACGAUUGGUGUUCGAUUGGGUUCGAUUUUGUUCGAUUAGAUACGCCGGAGAAAAAGUGACUGCUUAAAAAAUCUUUCGAGAUUUCUUCGGAAUAUUAAAAAAAAAAAACUUUAGUUACAAUUGAAUGUGUAGGCCAUCUUGGUAAAAAAUGCAUGACUUAGAACCUUCUGCAUACAAGUUUUGACCCUUUAGUUCGGGGGUCAAGAUUGUUAAGAUUGCGCCUUAAAAAAUGGCGUAUGCGGUUGUAAAAUCUUGUGGUCGUGUCUUAUUGUUGAUCCUGUUGGUAAUUCAGCUUGGAGCUUUACUGUACUCCCAGAUCACAGGACAUGCAAAUAGUGGGUGGUUGCAUUUACCUUGGCAGCUCAUUAUUGCUCAUGUGUUGUUUUCUAUUACGUAUUCCAGUAUCGUUUCAUUCUUCAGCGUGAUUUUUCUAGUAGAAGCGAUACUGAACGAUAGAUAUAUUCUUUCCCGGUUAUUUUUUGGAUGGAAGUUGUACAUUGGCGUUGUUUUUGUGCCAUAUGUAAUCGAUGUAUUUGGAAUUACCCUUUAUUUUGAUGAACAUAAAAUUCCAUCCGGUAUGAACGGAUUAAUGUUGACUGUAUGCGCAACACCUAUCUUGCUUCUGUUGUUGUUGAUCACCGCAGAUGAUUCGUUCAGCUCAAAAAAUCACAGAGAUCUUGUCCGGAAUUUAUCCAUUCUGAUUGACCUGACCUGCUGAAUUUAUUCUCGAUAUGAACAUCACACAUACUUGAAUCGGAUCAAACCAAAACUUUCUUUACUUCUGGUAAAAAAUGGUAAACGAAUUUCCAUUUGGAACGUUCCAACCGGGAAAACGGUAGUACCUUUUCAGAAUUUCUGUUUGUUCCGGGAAUUUCCCAGUGGGAUGAACCGAAAAAACGUUUACCAUUUACAUCCCAACCGAAAUUUCUGGGAAUUUGUGGUAAAUGGUAAACAACCUUAGUUACCCGGAAAUUGACGUGACCUGCUGAAUUUAUUCUCGUGAUAUGAACAUCACACAUACUUGAAUCGGAUCAAACCAAAACUUUCUUUACUUCUGGUAAAAAAUGGUAAACGAAUUUCCAUUUGGAACGUUCCAACCGGAAAACGGGAGUACCUUUUCAGAAUUUCUGUUUGUCCCGGGAAUUUCCCAGUGGGAUGAACCGAAAAAACGUUUACCAUUUACAUCCCAACCGAAAUUUCUGGGAAUUUGUGGUAAAUGGUAAACAACCUUAGUUACCCGGAAAUUGACGUGUAACCUGCUGAAUUUAUUCUCGCGAUAUGAACAUCACACAUACUUGAAUCGGAUCAAACCAAAACUUUCUUUGCUUCUGGUAAAAAACCUUGGAGACAAAUUCUACAAGUGUGUACACUUGGAUCACGAGCUAAAAUUGUCAAAAUCAGAGGUGCGUUUAAGUAUUUUUUGUUCUGUUUUUUGUUUCUAUGCUGCGUUAGGCUUUUGAUGUAGACGCCAAUGUUUGUUUACCUAGGGUAGGCCUGAUACAAGAAAGAAGAUCGCUUCAAUUUUUAGCACUAGAAUGGCAAGGUAAUUCAUCCGCAGUACUAAAUAUUUACAAAUCAAUAUGUCAUUCUAUAAUACACACUAAGGACGUAAUUUCGUGGCAAGAGUCGAAAAAUCAAUUUCUUUCAUUUUUUGUUCAUAGAUAGCUUUUAGGUAGAUAAGAAACCUAAAGUAGAUUGUUCCUGCCGAAAGCUUUUUAUUUGUGAGAAAAAUUAGAAGAUCGGAGUCUCAGACUGCCCUAAUUUUUAACCUGAAAUUCGCUAACAUUAACUUUCCUCGAGUUCGCAAACGAAGCCGCAUGGAGAAAUUUGGACUCUUUCCAUGAACAGAAAAAUCAUUUUUCUUCCACUAAAAGAUACUUUCAGGGCAAUAGCGUAGCUCGUCGUACUGAAAUAAUUCAAAAAUGAGGGAUAGGUUUUCAAGAUAACAAAAACUUAAGUUCGUUAUUCAUUUUCGACGGCAAUAUUUAACAUGUGGUAUACACGCUUUUAAUAAGUCUGGGCGCCAUCUUGAAUUUUCAAUGAAUGACGUCAUUCGCGGAAAGAUCAUACACGUGGCCAAAAUGGCUACCAAAGAUGAAAUCUCUGUUGGCGUUGAUUUUGCGGUGUGUUUAUAUAAAAAAGAAUGUUUUUACUUUAUAUCAAGAGGAAUAUUUUCUUUAUUUAUACAAUGUCUUUAUGGGUAUGUUAUCGUAACUUUAAAGCUUUCGUGCAAAGAUAUCCCUGGAUGGAUGACAUCGAGGACAAACGAGAGCUGAUUUAAAUGCCAAAAAAAAAAAUGCAAAUUAAAGUUUUGGCUUAAUCGUCGUGGCUUACGUCAACAGACACGAGCUUAACUUCUUCCCAGGUAAUCUUUUUUAGCAAUGGUUUUGAUUUUUCAUUUUUUAUUCGGGCCUUUAUUUAAAAAGCUGAAAACGAUUAAUUAUUACCGCUCGUAGGAGACUUAUAUUAUCUAUCAGGUAUUUUUAAAGCUAACUGAAAGGAUUUUUCAUGUUGCUAUUCUGAUCCUUUCAAAAUGUAACUUCGAUAAAAAGUUUAUGCUUUUCAUCAUCAGUUUUUUAUGUUAUUAUGUAACGGUUUUAGGGAAAGAGAGAAGUUGGAUAAAAACGUUUAUACUCCAGUCGACCCUUGCACCGAAUAAUUUUUCACUCUGGGAAGGCGUAGCUCAGUAAUCCAGAAAGCUAUCAGCUCGAUUCCUGGUUAGAGAUGUAGCCACUAAAGAGAGUUGGAGCAGGGAUGCAUCAAUUCUUCCAAAGCACUUUACUUACAUUUACAUUGUUGAACAAGCAACGAAAAAAUCAAAAAGCACCCUCUAAAAGGGAUACAAAUUUUUAUUUGAGAAUUACUGUCACGACGAUUAUUGUAGGCUUAUAUGGACAAUAAAUUCAUGCAGAGAGGAAUGCUUUAAAUCACUUUAGAAUGAAAGGCCUCACAAUGUUACCCUUACCAAACCAUAUGUAUUUUGAAACUGAUUUUAAAGUAUUUAAAAUGUAUUUUCAGUAUUUGAACACUAUUUUACUGUAUUUUAAUCCUGUUUGACAAAGAAAUAUAAAUUUUCGCCCCUGUUUGAAAUAUAUCUUGAGUGUAGUUAAAUUGUAUUUCAUGAAAACGAAAACCUCUCUCAUCAAUUUACAAUGUAUUUUGUUUAAUAAAUAUGAUUAAAAUAGGGUAUUUAAAAUGUAUUUUGGGCAUAGAACCACUAACACUGUUACAAACAGAGUUCAAAUAGACUAUUUGAAAUCUGUUUUAACGGCUUUUAUGCUGACUGUAUUUAAAAACUUUUAAAUAGGGUACUUUAACACUGUUUUGAGUUGUAUCUAAAAUGUAGUUUGAGACGCAUCCACUCACAAAGUUACAAACAUAGUUCAAAUAGACUAUUUGAAAUAUGCUUUAAGAGCCUAAAUGCUGACCGUAUUUUAAAUCCUUUUAAAUAGGGUACUUUAACACUGUUUUGAGUUGUAUCUAAAAUGUAUUUUGAGACUCAUCCACUCAAAAAGUUACAAACAGAGUUCAAAUAGACUAUUUGAAAUAUGUUUUAAAACCUUAAGAACUGACCGCAUUUUAAAUACUUUUAAAUAGGGUACUUAAACACUGUUUUGAGGUAUAUUUGAAGUGUAGUUUGGGCACACAACACUCUGACUAUAAAAACAGAUAUACAUAAACUAUUUUAAGUCUGCUUAAAGACAUCAAAUGCUGACCUUACUUUAAAUACUUUAAAGUACUUAUUACUUAUUAUUACUGAGGUGCGAUAUUGUAAUGUACUUUGGGAUACUCAGACUAUAAAAGUAACAAAUGCACAAAGUUAAUUUUUAAGCCUUCAUAGUGUCACGAACUCAUAAAUGACUCAACACAAGCUGUCACAUAUUGUAGACCGGAUUCUCUUCUCAACAAAGUUCGAAGCUGAGCGAAAAAUUAAAUCUUAAAAUUAAAUAAAAAAAGAGAAGAAAGUUAGGAAUAGAUUUUAGCUUUGACUGACAACACCUAACUGUGACAGUGUGCCGAUAAGAGAUCAAUCCGUUCCUCAAUGUUCAUUGCCUGCAAGCUCUCUGCGAAAAUCUCCUCGUAGAUUUUAGCCGUGAUUCAAUUAAUGCAGUUACGGCAUUCCAUAAGUUUUUUUAAAAGAAUCUUCUUAAAAUCUCAUUUUAAUGGAAAUUUUUCACAAACAGCCGAGGCCGCAGGCCGAGAACCGGAUGACAGAGGUUUAUCUAGAAUAAGCCCUUGAAAUUACAUAAUAAAUAAAUUAUCCAAGCUAAGAUCUCACCUCGUAUAUAUUGCAUCAAGAAACAAAGCUCAGAUCUGAAUAACUCCGACAUAUGGUUAUCUUUCUCUCAUAGAUUAUUCCGUACAUGCAUAGCAUAUUAUUUCUGAGAUGUCACGCGCGACUGAAAUCACGACUUCGCGCCGCGGUGAUGUGACAAAUGCACGUGAUAAACAAACCGUCCUUUGUCCUUUGCUCAUUUCAAAUUAUUGAACCGGCGGUUACUGUGAUUGCGGGUGCGCUUGAUUUUACUGUUUGUUACGAUCUUACAAAAGUACAUUUCAACUCCGCGGAUUGUCUGAACACGUAGACGUUGCUUUUAUCACGAAUCAAAAAUGGGUAUGACUCCUCAGCGACUGCUAUGUACUUUGAAAGGUUCUGGUUCAGGUUCUAUUCGAAGCACGCUGUCUUAUGUGUUAAUCCAAGAGUCUUCUCUCAUGUGAGUAUUAUAACAGGUUACUAAGACGCUUAAGUAUACGCCAUAUGAGAAACAAAUGAAGGGUAGUAAACAUUUAUAUACUCCCGCCUGUACGGCAAUUUUAGUUUUUACAGGGUUCCGUGCUCAUCCUGGCUGUGUUGCAUGAAUGAUCUCAGUCACUUGAUGUCACGCUCUUUCAUUCUCGCGUAAAUUUGAUGGUGUUACUCUUAUGUUGUUCUUUAUCAGCCAAUAAUUAAUAUUCAGGCGUAGCCUGCAAGCUUCUGAUAAUACUUGAGUAAAGCCGUGAAUAUAAUAAAUAAUGUAAGUUACAUGUAACGUCAGUAACGCAAACCCCUUUUGAAGCUGAAGAUUGAUAGCCUGUGUACAGACCCCCUCCCCUCCGAUGUUUAUUGAGGGGAGGGAGUCUGUACACAGGCUAAAGAUUGAUUUCACCAUUUCUGAAAAAUUCCAUAAGAAUUACUCGAGAAUACGUAGGGAAAUCAACGUAAAGUCAUCGGCUAAGAGAUAAUUCUCGUGAAGUCCUGGCCUAGGACUGUGUGGAGAAAUUUCGCAGAGGUAAAUCUUGCUUUUUCAGGGUAACUUUCGACGAUUAUGUAGUCAUUUUAUUUCAUGAAUUUAAAUGGUAUUUCCAUCCUGUUUUUGUACUGUUUUUAUGCUCUUUCGACCGAUUUUUGUACUGUUUUCAGACAACUCUAAGGCUAUUUUCUUACAAUUUUAUCCUGUUUUUGCAUUUUUGCAUCCUAUUUUUUAUGUAUUUUCACAAUAUGUGCGUGCUAUAUUGCUUUCUUCUUCUUAGUUAUUUUAAUACUAUUUUCAAAGUAUUUUUAUUGUUUUGCAAAUACGAGUAUUUUACUAAAUUUCGAGACCGAUUAAACAGCUAUUAAAAUAUAUUUUGAAGCAUAACAUUUUAAUAGCGUUUUAAACAGGUUAAAACACCUUUAAAAUCAGUCGAAAAAUAUAUUAAAAAUAUAUUUUUGUACCUAUUUUAAACCUGUUUUUUUCAAAAUACUUUUAAAAUUGCCAUUAAAAAUAGUUUUAAAAUAGUGUAGCAAAUUAAAAUAUGUUUUUAAAACUGUUUUUAUCCUGUUUAUAUUCGGAUUUAUAAGGUAUUUAAAAACUGUUUUAGACCUGUUUUGAGCCUUGCAAAAGCCCUGGGAUUUUUUUAUAUUUUAAACGAAUUUUAAAAUACUUUAAAAAUUGUUUUUUAAUAGCAUUUUAAACAGGUUAAAACACCUUUAAAAGCAGUCGAAAAAUACAUUAAAAAUACACUUUUCACCCUAUUUAAAACCUAUUUCACAAAACAGGUUAAAAACAGUUUUCAAAAAUAGCUUAAAAAUACAUUCAAAACAGUGUUGGAUUUGGUAAGGGUAACAGUUGUGAUAAAUGCUCUUGUACAGCAGGAGGAAAUGGUUACUGUAAUCAUAUGUUUUUAUUAUAUGAGAGUUUGAAUUCACUGAAUUCCCAAGAACUGGAAUGUGCACAACUCAAAACAGUAGCACAAACCAAGGACCUAGGGUACGAACCCUAAUUCAUAUAUGCAUACAAGGCAUAUAAUGUCAUUAAUCCUUAUUACAGGGAGAAAUGAGGGCUUUAAGGUGUCCCUUGUAUGCAGCCAGGCAACAUACUGUCCAAAAUAAAGAGAGAGCAAAUUAGUUCUUUCAUUCCCUUAAGACAAUUAACUGGCUUGCAAUAGUUUCAACUAAAUGAACUGGACACAAGGUUCCACGGGUAGUGAGUUAAACAUCUCUCUCUAAUGGAGGCAAACUUCAGUGUUAUGACAACCAUUCCAAUUUGCCAAGACCUAGAGCUGUUGAUGGCUCCUUUCCUGAAUUCCCAAUUGACACUGACACACCAGCUUGAGUGGGAUUGCAAAUGCCCCUUUUUUCAGGAGGACCAAUUUAUAAGUUGUUUAAAAUUAAUUGAGAAUCAAAAGGUCAGAGCAAAGAUACGUUUUGGUUUCAAAGUAAAAGGUUCAAGUGAACUAGCUGUAAUUUGCACUUGUUUGCGAAUGGAAACUCAACAUCUCUCACUGCAAACAAGGUUUGUUCAAAAUACUCUCGUGUCACAGAAUGAUGUUUCUAAUAAUAUUGAAAGGCAAAUUGGUCUUAAGCCGCAACUAAAUAAGCUGAGUACAUGAAAAAUAUGGGUUUAGCAUUUAUAUUUGUAAUAUGUACAUAUAUAUUCAUAUUCAGGGCUUAGCGUGUGGGGUUGUCAUAUCAAGUACAAUGUCAUGGUUGGCUGCUUUACCAAACAGAAGUGUGAUAGAUAAUAGGGAUAUCAAGUUAUGGUUUAUUAGAAAUCCAAUGCCCGUUUACAUCAUGAAACUUGACACCUGAGAAGGCAUGUUCUGAUCCAAGGUUUUAUGUCGCAUAGUUAAUGGUAAGCCUGAGCUCAAAAGGGUCCACCUUUUUCAGGGUCAUUUGGGUUGGGCAGGAUUAAAGUGGUGCUGUCUUCAAUAUUCUUAAAAAAAAAAGACUGGUUACAUUUCACUUGAUCGUUAGCAGUUUUUUACCUUCUACCUUUAGUCUAAAAUUUCAGAUUCUAGUUCAGAAAUUUCAGCGUCGGAUUCGUGUAAGCUGUGUUGCUCAGCAUCAUUUGGCUCAACACACACCUCACUCCUGUGGUGUUUACCAGAUUCCUGUUCAACUUUAUCUUAUUUUGGAUCUUAAUGAUAAGGUAUGGCUUGUGCACAGGGCAUUUAAACACCUAUCGAGGGGAGGCUGCACGUUUUCAAAAGCUACCGACCACUAUUAAAAGACAAUACAAUACAAUACUUCCGAAUUCAUCAUCCCCCAAAUGAAAAGAACAGACGAUUGUAUGUUUCUGACCCUAGCAAAAAAGCAAUAUUUGAGAAAUGAAUACAGCGGUACAAAUUAGAACCCACACACAAAACGACUAAGUUACACACCUUUACGGUCGAGUACUCCUCCCUUUUAAAUCGCUGCAGCCGUGCUACCUGUUAAUACAUGCUGAUCGCUUGGAAUCGUAUGUCACAUUUAUUAGUGUUGCGUUUGUUAUCGAACAUGAUAUCGCCGUAUGACUUACCAAGACGAACCGCACAACUGAGAUUACUUUAGCCUGGGAAAAGGAUUUUCUGGUAUUUGUUAAUGUUUAUAGAGGAAAAGAAUGGAAUAAAGCGAUUCAUAAUGCCCUGACUUUGCCUCUCGUCCUAUCACGUGAGUCAAAACUCCAAGAUGGCGGCUGAAAUCUUUCCGCGAAUGAGGUCAUAAAUUAAAAAUUCAAGAUUGCGCCCAGACUUAUUAAAAGCGUGUAUAACUCCAAAUUUUCUUAAUGCUAUUUAAAUCCCACAUUUAGACAUUCAUUUAAAACAUACCUGGGAAUUGACUUGGGUUAUUGAAUGUAAUCUCCGUAAGACACCAUCGAAGUUCAGGAAUUUUCAUGGUAGGCCGGCGGUAAUUGUGUAAACACUUCCAAUUUCGAAACGCACAAAAGUAGAUAUUUACAGCCUAAAGGCUCGGUUUUUGUACUUCUUGUAGGUUUUCCCAUUGCAAAAUUUCUUUUUCCAUUCAAAAAGUGGGGUAAAAAGGUGAAACUGGGUCAAUUUUAGCCAUUUUGAAACGCUGAACCCUUCAAGACGGCGACUAUGCGUGACAAUCUGUUCCGUGACUGCACGUGACAUAACCUACGUUUGAAGAGACGAAGCCGUUGACAGUCACGGAAUCAAGGUAGUAACGCAACGCAAUUCUUGAGAGUAACAUUUUCGAUCCCGACACUAUUUUGAAGAAGAAAAAGUGAAACGCGCUUUUUCUAAUACUCACUUUUUAUCAAAAAAUAUGGACUUUAACAAUGGUAAUUCGCUAAGGAUGACGGAACAGGAACAUAUUUCGUCUUCUUACUUUACGAUCGAGGAAACUUGGAGCCGUUAAAUAAGUUAUUUUGGUUGCGCUUCACUAUUUUUACCGGACUUUGAUGCUUUCGUUUGGAGGCUGCCUAAAGGAACCCAAGCCAGUUCUCAGGUAUGCUUUAGAUGAAUGUCUAAAUGUGUGAAUAAACGAAGACCGGGAAAAUUUGGAGCUAUACCACAUGAAGGAAAAUGCCGCAGAAAACGACUACUAAAUUAAAGUUUUUGUCACCGUAAAAACCUGUUCUUCGUUUCUGAAUUAUGUUAGUUCUACGAGUCUUGAUAUUGCUUUGAAAGUAUCUUCUAGUGAAAGAAGAAGAGUUGCUCUAUUGAUGGAAAGUGUCCAAAUUUCUCCUUGCGGCUUUAUUUGCGAACGCGAGGAGACUUGAUGUUAGCAAAUUUCGGGUUGAAAAUACGGCCAUUUUGAGACUCCGACCACGAAAAGUGAUAUUCUUACUUUUCUCGAAAAUAAAAGGCUUUUUGCGAUCACAACUUACAUCAGAUUACUUAUCUACCUAAAAGGUAUUUAUGGACAAAAAAUGAUGGCAAUCGAUUUUUCAACUCUUGCCACUCGAUGGUCGAUAUUUCCUGACCGUCGCUCUUAAAGACUUGACGUUUCAUGUACUUCCGAGGGAUCCUUGCCGAAGAUUAAUGUCCCUGAAUUUCUAUACUUUUCACUUUCCAACACAAGUUCAUUCAGAGACUAUAAUUGCUCCAGGAAUAUCUUUCGGGGUUAAUUCUAUAUCUCUGAAUCACAAUCCGUUCUCCGCAGCGAAAAUAAGGUUUCAUGAGCGCUGAUUUCUUUUAUAAUUCCUUUGUUUCUUUGGUGAUUUAUGGUUUCGGAAGAAAUUCUCCAUCCGUAAAUAUUUGGUUACAGUUUAUAGUCAUAUCAUUUUGUCUCACAACGCCAUUUUUAGCUCAUGGAUGACGUAGUCAUGCCAUGGGCUUUUCGAUCACUCGAUCACUCACUCACUUACUCACUCACUCACUCACUCACUCACUCACUCACUCGAUUCUCAUUAAGUUAUUCAUUAAAGUCAGAUUAAACACUUUACUCUUACCUCCCUUACUUAGUAUUACUUUUGUUCCAAGUGCCUUUUACGCAUAUGUUUGGAAUAUUCUAGAGGGUACUAGUAAAGCGCAUUUUUUUCCACGACACAUCAAUUAUAGAGAUGGGUUUUGUAUAAAUGGAAAUAUUCUAAAGAACACUGAUAAUAUCAUCUGCAAGAAAUGGACUUAGAAAUGUUAAAAGGACAUUGAAAUAAUUCAGCGUGGAUCAUUGUUGUAUAUUUAGACGAAUUGGUCACAUUUGUUCCCGAUAUUACUUGAUAUGGAGAAGAUGCGAUCGACAGGAGUGUGAAAAAGCUAUCGCAGCCUGACGAUGGGAUUUCGUUCAGCAAAAAGCGAAUAAGCCAAAGAGCCUUAUAAUCACUGCAAAAAAACGGUCCUCGAAUUGUUAAAGCGACGUUGAGGAGUAUCUAUUGUGGUUUAUUGUUAUUUGGACGAAUCCAUUCGACCAUUUGUCUUCGUAUCAGGGGCACCCAACGAGAAUAUAGUUCAAAACCACUUAAACAACAUUGUUGAACGUAUUUUAGUAUUUAAACGGUAGAUAUAGGAAUAUUUUUAUCCCCUAAAAAUUUUUCAUCUGUUCUGAUUUCCUAGCUGAAAGUCUAGUGAUCCGAAAAUUAUAGGGAUCAAAGCUUACCUUUUCGAAAAUUUCAGCCAGAAAAAGGGCUCCCGAAAAUUCUAGGUGACCUUUUCAGGGUAAAAAUCCGUUAAAAAUGGGCAAUUAUACCAUUUUUUAGAUGUUCGAAAAUCCUAGGACUCUUUGUGAACAGCAUAUGGAAACAUUUAUUUAAAAGCAUCGCACUUUUAAGAAACCUUCGAGGUCCAUUAAAUUAAUUGUUUAACCACGGUUUAAAUAAAACUCGGGCUUAUGUAAAACUUAGCUAUUUUACAAGAAAGUGCACUGUCGUUCGGAAAGUGUUUGACAGUCACAUGAGAAAGCAAAUUAUUUUACAACUAAAAAGCGUUAAUAAUUGCUUUUAAAAGUGAUCUUUGCGUUGUAAGUAGAAAUGCUGGCUGAUAAUAACAAGUUUCUAGAAUAUUCAGGUGCACAUGCAAUCGGAUGCUUCGAGUCACACUGUAUUUUGGCAAGUUCGUACACAAUGACCCGUCCAAAAAGAUUUAUAUGUUUUUUUGAUUAUUGAACUGUCUUUUCUACACUAAUUCAAUUCAUCCAUGAGCUCGCUCCUAGGAGCCUUUGAUUAAAGGGUAUAAGUCAAGGUUGACAACAAGAAAAAGAUUGUAAAAAAAGCCAAAAACAUCGAAAACCCUUGGCCCAUAUCUGCCAUUUUAAAAACUUAAUUUUUCGCCCUGUUUACUCCAAAAUAAAAAAAAAAAAACGGCUGUCGACAUAAUGUGACGCCACUGCGCUCGUGCAAUUGUUUUUGCAGUUCGUUGAAGACUGGGCUCAAUAUGAUAAAGCUUUUUUGUGAUGAUGAUGAUGAAUACGAUGACGACGACGACGACGACGACGAUUAUGAUGAUGAUAGCGAUUCGUCUGCGUCGUCAAAGUUCAAAUCAAAAGGUUUCGGAAAAAGUCUUUUUGGAAAGUCUAAGAAGGUAAGGUAGAGUCGUUUAUUAUGUAGAAAGUGUUCCGUAAGUUCACAACUGCUGAUUACCUUUUUUGAUAUGAUUUCUGUGGUUGUUUAAGCGAAGAUUGAACGCUGUUUCGCUCUUGCCUAUGUACUGUAGAUUGCAGAUGUUACACACAAUAAUGUAAAUAACCCAUGAUGACUGGCAGUUAACAGAGUGAAAUAUUUUAAAGGUCGGAAAAUGGCUUGUUUUGGUUGAGACGGCUGGAUCGGUACCCAACCAUAAGUACCAUCCUUAAUUUCCACUGCGAAACCGCAAGGGAGGUUCCGUUACAGGGGAUGGGAAGCAUGCUGAUCCUAGACACCUUCUCCUGGCAAGAGAGCCCGUGCAAAUUAUAUAUAUAUAUAUAUAUAUAUAUAUAUAUAAUGAAAUGACGAAAUUCAAAUUGAUCAUCAACUAAAAAGUGCUCAAUGGGUUUACCAGAGCUUUGAAUAGAUACGAAGACUUGAACUAGGUCAAAAACAUAUACUUGCUACUCAGAGUUUCAUGCUUCAUGAGAAGCAAUCAUCAGGCAACUGCCAAAAAAGAAACAAUACAUGGUGUUUUAUAGUGAUUUGGGGUGAUUUUGAAAAAAAAAAAACGGUAGGGAUUCGUAAUAGGCUGGGUUGCAUAGCAACGGAUAAACAAUAUUCAUUCAGUAAACCGCUGAAAAAGAAAAAAAUAAUAAUAAUAAUUUAAAAAAAUAACAAUAAUAAUAAUAAUAAAUAAAUAAAUAAAAAAAAUAAAAAAUAAAAAAUAAAUAAAACAAUAAAACAAUAAAAAAUAAAAAAUAAAAAAUAAAAUAAAAUACGUCUUAUAGGCUUAAAUAAUCACGUUAUUUAGAAGAAAUUUCUUUGCAUGUCUGCAACUUGAUACGAGUUCAUUUCUGUUGUUCAGGGUCGCCAUAUUCGGUCUACAAAUUAUACUUCUUAAACUUGAAUAGAAUAAAUUUUGGACAGCGCUCAACUCUGAGAGGAGCAGUGACUAUAAUGAUCAAUAGUAGUAAGAUUUCAAUUCAAUAAAACGAUGAAUUGAAAUCUUACUACUAUUGAUCAUUAUAUAUAGUUCAUUCAAUUCAACUAGGACAGGUUGAAAGACCAUCAAUUUGUUCUGUUUUUCCCCUUUACCUGAAAUCCCGAUAUAACGAAGACAUUGCUAAAACAGUAACAAUCUUUAUUGCACUUGGUUCCUUGAAUCUUCCUAUUGUCAGACUUCGAUUGUAAAGGAUGCAAGCUUAGGUGAUUACAAUAUUAAAAAAAAAUGACUCAAGAAUUUUAAGUGACAAUUCUCAUUUAUUUCACAAUGCAUUGCUUGUCCUGAUUUAACAUUUAACUGUAAAACAAAACUAAAAUAUCUACAAAUGUAUCCUGGGGGGUCCUUACUAGUAGCAGGCUAAUGGGGAUGUGCUGCUGGAUGGGGUCGCAUUUUCACAACUGGAUUGACUAUUAUGGGGUUGCAUUUCCGACAACCUUUCUCGAAACAGCUGUAUACAAGUAAAGAUGAGAGCUGCGAGUUUGCAACUCGCUAGGACCCACGCGCGGUUCACGCACUGCGCGCGCGCUUCGCGCAAGACGAGAUUAUAAACUCACUUGGCUUCGCGCUUCACCCCCCGCCCCCCUUCGCGAGGAAUAACGAAGUCUUCUGAAUAACAAACGGCAUUUUUCAUCCCAGUAAAAGAUCAAAAUAUGGAAAAAAAAUCUCGUUAUAGUGAACAUUUUUCCACUCCCGCUUGGCCUUUCAGUAUGUCGAGUUUAUUUAAGCAAUAGACCACACUUUCUAUGGGUUUACCGGCGUGAUAACCAACGCGGGAUGUUGGGUCCCAAGUGGGUUAUCACGCCGGUAAACCCACAGAAAGUGUGGUCUAAUGCUUUUAUAAAAUACCUAUAAAGCAUGUUUCAAUUUUCUAUGAGUUUACCGGCACAAUAAACCAUAGGUUUUUAUCCAAUCAGAACGCGCGUACUAUCUUAGUUAUUUUAUAAAUGCAUGGUGAUGUGGUUUAGACACUAUAUAUGUUUAUUAUACGCCAUUGUUUGUUUACCUAGGCUAGCCCUGACACAAGAAAGAAGAUCGCUUCAACUUUUAAAACUAGCAUGGCAAGGUAAUUCAUCCGCAGUGCUAAAUAUUUACAAAUCAAUAUCUCAUUCUAUAAUACACACUUAGGACGUAGAAAAGACUUGACAUUUCAUGUAUUUCCGAAGGAUCCUUGCCGAAGAUUAAUUUCUACACUGUUUACCUUCCAACGCACGUUCAUUCAGAGACUAUAAUUGCUCCCGGAAUAUCGUUCGGGGUUAAUUCUAUAUCUCUGAAUCACAAUCCGUUCUUGUUUUCACCGCCCUGUUCACUUUUAUCGAAGUUUGCAGAAAAUCUGUUCGCCCUUAGCUAGGCCUCGCUUUCGAACUUACUUCCUGAGUGUGUAUCACUAAAUUGCUUUGCUUGUUUCUAGUCACAAAUAGGAAACUUCUUCAGGGGCACCCAACGAGGAUAUAGUUCAAAACCAGUUAACAUAGCAUUGUUGAACGUAUUGUAGUCUUUAAACGGUAGAUAUAGGCAUAUUUUUAUCCCCUAAAAACUUUUCAUCUGUUCGGAUUACCUAGCUGAAAGUCUAGUGAUCCGAAAAUUAUAGGGAUCAAAACUUACAUUUUCGAAAAUUUCAGCCAGGAAAAGGCUCCCGAAAAUUCUAGGUGGCCUUUUUUAGGGUAAAAAUCCGUUAAAAGUGGGUAAUUAUACCAUUUUAUAGAUGUUCGAAAAUCCUAGGAGAGGCAGGCAAGAAAGUAAUUUUACAACAAAUGUUCCGAAAAUUCUAGAUCUCAAAUCGUCUUCCGAACAGAUAUUUUCCGAAAAUUGCCGUUGGGUGCCCCUCCUUCUUCUGGCAGAGAACGUUAUACUGAAUACAAAUCCAGAAAUGAAUACUCUGCAGCGAAAAUAAAGUUUCAUGAGCGCUGAUUUCUUUUAUAAUACCCUUGUUUCUUUGGCGAUUUAUGGUUUCGGAAGAAAUUCUCCAUCAGUAAAGCAUCAUGACAAGUUAGGAGCCGAUUAUCAAGCACAGUAUUUGUUUACAGUUUAUAGUCAUAUCAUUUUGUCUUUCAACGCCAUUUUUAAAGGGUAUAAAGGCAAGGUUGACAACAAGAAAAAAUUGUAAAAAAAGCCAAAAACAUCGAAAACCCUAGCUCCUUGGCCCAUGUCUGCCAUUUUAAAAACUUAAUUUUUCGCCCUGUUUACCCCAAAAUAAAAAUAAAAAAACGGCUGUCGACAUAAUGUGACGUCACUGCGCUCGUCCAAUUGUUUUUGCAGUUCGUCGAAGACUGACCAAGCUUUGACUUUUGGGCUCAAUAUGAUAAAGCUUUUUUGUGAUGAUGAUGACGACGACGACGACGACGACGAUGAUGAUGAUGAUGAUGAUGAUGAUGAUGAUGAUGAUGAUGAUGAUGAUGAUGAUAGUGAUUCGUCUGCGUCGUCAAAGUCCAAAUCAAAAGGUUUCGGAAAAAAGCUUUUUGGAAAGUUUAAGAAGGUAAGGUAGAGUCGAUCAGUAUAGCUUUUUUUAAUUUAGUGAAAUUUGUAUUAAGAAACAUUUUCUUUUUAAGUCUUUUGUGCUCCGUUACAAUGGUGUAUAUAUACAAAAAACCGGGUUAGCAAAAAUAUCAACUCAUUCUACUACUUGGCAAUUUAAAACAACAAAACUCAUUCAAAGGGCGAUUAAAAGCCUUUAACUGACGCCGGGCAGUAAGUUAAUGGUCCCUAGAAGCUUUCCAAAAAGUCCAGAUUUAAAAUGACGCAAAUUUUAGAACAUUUUUUCAGUAAACUGACUUCGCGAAGUUUCAAACCGAUGUCAUUUCAGUCCAGAAAUUUUUAAGUUGAGUGAACUGCAGCGAAAGAGUGCCUGGUUAAGGCUUACAUAAAACGCAAAGUACGAGAAACGACAUUGUUCCAAGCCUGGUCUAGUAGAAUUUUCAGUAAGGUUAACUUUCAAUUACAGUGAAACCUGUAUUAAGCGGACACCGUAUUAAGCGGACACCGUAUUAAGCGGACACCCUCUAUUAAGCGGACAGUAGCCGAAGUCCCCAAAUUUAUUUUCCUCAUUUACUUUAAAUGAAACCUUUAUUAAGCGGACACCUCUAUUAAGCGGACGCGGACACCUAAAAAGUACCUGAAAUGGUCAUUUCUAUUGUUGCCAACCUGUAUUAAACGGACACUAGUAAUUAAAUUCCACCACCCAACAUGCCAGACACCGGAAAUGCGAAAGAUUGCCUCGAAUUGCCACCCACAAAUUUUUCGAUUUUUACAUUUAAAAACGUGACUUGACGAACUUAUUUGAUUAGUUUCCCAGUACAGUAUUGUUUUCUAUUUCGUUUUGUUUGUAUAGAGCUUUUUUCACUCAUCUGAUUUCUUCAAAUUUGAGUUGCAAUCUAUGUUUAAGGUACUAUGAUCAAUUGGUCCACUUUGAUAAAGAAAUUCAUGCAAACGUAUAUCAUCAUAGUCUCUGGGAGUAUUCUAAACGUUUCCACUGUUCAUUUGAAUGGCAUUUGAGACCACAUAUGACGUUAUCUAUUGAAACCUGUAUUAGGCGGACACUACAGUAUUCCCCGAGAGUGUCCGCUUAAUACAGGUUUCACUGUAUGAUUAUCGGCCUCUGAACUUUAUCUGAUGGUUUACCUUUACGAGAAGGUCCACUCUGGCUUCCCCAUUAACGGAAGAUAGUUAAUUCAGAUAGUCAAUAGUACUUGGUCCAAAGUAGUUCGAGUGACCACAAAUGCCUCGUCAAGGCCGAUUGACAAUCUCCUGACCGUUGAGUGAACGUAGAUUCGCUAACCGCUUGGGGUUAUUCUGCCACCGGAUGGCAAUUUCAGGGCGCAAAAAUAAGUCUUUAGUCGGUAAAAUUUUUUCUUGUACUGUAUGACAGAUAGAAAAACCUUGGUGAGCCUUUUGUGUAACUUGCUGUCCUUUUCUCGGCCACGCUAUAAGACUUCACUAAGCUUAUGAAAUUUUCUACCCUAAGGCUUCUUUUUUUCCUCUCUAGUUUUAUACCUGCGUAUAUUUCUCAGAUCAAUUUCUAUAUUUGCAUAGAUAUGAUGUUGUAUUUGUUCUUUAAAUGGCUUGGAAACUAAUAAUUAAAGUCAGGAGAUUUACUAGUUAUUGCUAUUGACCACUCCAGAAAAUACCAUAGCAUACCAUAAUGCUACUUGUUUGUCACCCCAAAAUUUUGCAUAAGCAUUGUUUUCAGUUUCUCUUGGGGCUAUUUUAACUCCCAGGAGAAACUGAAGACAAUGCUUAUCCAGAAUUUUGGGGUGACAAACAAAGAUGUUAUGGUAUUUUCUGGAGCGGUCAAUUGGUGAGUUUGAUGGCUUUUUCGAUUAUUGCUUUGAUCUUUCAUAAUGUUAGUAGAGUUUUUGCUGCAUGUCCUUUCUCCAAACAGGCGGGCAGAUAUCUUAAAAUAUUUAAAUUACUAAAAUCAUUAGUUUGAAGUGAAUUUCCGCCCGAGCUUGAUAUAAGUUGAUGCCAGGGUAUAUGCAAGAUUUUCCCUUGACAAAACUAUCCAUCAUUACUCGACAUUUUCUUAGGGUACGUGUUUUUGUUAAGUUAUUAAAAUAAUAUUUGCCCUAGUUUAAUUUUAAUGUUUAGAAAAGAAAGAAGUUUGUUUAAAGAGCUGUCGUAUCCAUCAUCUUUGUGCGGAAUAAGAUCACGUCCAGUUCGUUUGACGAUCAAGAAAUUCUUUUUUUUUUUCCAAUAAAUUUUAUUUUUUAUUAUGAUUUGUUUUGUUACUUACUGACAUAUUUAUUUACUUAUUUAUUCUUUUACUUUCUGCUGUGUAUUAACGUUGUUAAUUUGUUGUCAAUAACAAAAAAAAAAUCAUCAAAAUGGUAUUGAUUAAGUUGUCACUUAUAAUUACUGCCAUUUUGAUGACGAACGUAAGGCUCGGAGCACCAAUUACUGCCGCAUGUUUUUAUACUUGUUGUAGUUAUUUUUUUAUCUCAGCGUAGUUAAUUGAGUGGAAUGGUUAUUAUGAAACCCGUCAGACUCCUUUGUUAUAUGUUUUUGUGGACCUGAAAGUGCACAACGUUCAAAAGCAUUCCUGGCCUAUCAUUUUGAUCGUAUUGACCAAUAAAAACGUUGCAUCAAUUCCGCAACAAUUUGCCAACAGAAAACAAAGGAUUGUGCACUUUCAGGGUGCUUUCAACAUAAACUACUGCACUGUUGUUGUUGAAACAAAAGAAAAAUAUAAAUUACCUGAUAUAAAGAAUUCACUACAACAUACUCUUUCGCUUUUUGCACAACAAGCAAUUUCUGCAAUUUCUAACUUGUUCAUGAUGCCGGAAACUGUGAAAUGACAUUUAUUUAUAUGUAGAGAUACACUUCACUCACCUCAACUUGGGUUUGUUGUUGCUUUUUCGGGGUAACCUGGCCAUUUUCUUUGGCUUUUUAGCUCGUUGUUGGCACAGUUAACGUGUUUUCCUGCAGAAAAAACGUUGUCGCUUGAAAAGUAUAAACGAUGAACGAUGGGACCUAAUGGAUUUGCGGGUAUAACUUUAUUAGCAUUGCAAAUUUAAAGUUCUUCUCAAAAAUGUUUACAUUUACGAAGCUUUUCGCGACGAUGCAUUAAAAAAAACGUAAAGCGGUUUCCAGUAUUUACGGCUCACAACUUCACCAGUGCUGGACACAUAAGAGAUUUCUACAGUUAAAGAGCGUAGCCAUAUCGCUAACGCACACUUGAAAAUCAUAAUAUAGGACCUAAAAGCGUUCUCGGAAGACAAAAAAAGACAACAGCAUGCCUUUAAAAAAGGACUCUAGGGAUUUGCAUCCGCACGAGCAUCUCGUGACAAUGUAAACUUUUGUCGAAAGAACUUUGAAUUGCUUUGCUAAUGAACGUAUACCCAUAAAUCCUUGAAACCUCAUCGUUCAUGGUUUAUACUUUUUAGCGACAACGUUUUUUCAAUCAGGUAUAUAUAUAUAUAUAUAUAUAGCGAAGUAAGGCACGUUACUGUCUGUAAACUCAACUCAUAAAUCGCUCGCGCAUCACAAAACAACGUGCAACACUCACUAUAACUCACAAACUCCUGAAGACGAGAAAGUUUUCACAAUUAUCUCCUACUCGUCAGAAUCAAGCAAUGUCCUUUUGGUCAGAGAAAUUUCUAAAAGUCUUUGGUUCUGGGCAGUCGGCCGAACGCACGGGUUUUAACGGCCACGUGUUGCGUGAAGAACGCAAAUCAUCUCAUUGGCCACUUCCAAGCCCACGAUCAGUGGACUCUCAAGGGACUCUUGUUUUGUCACAGAAAGUACAACCUCAUGUUUGAAAUUACAGUUACUAGUACUGUUACAGUGCAUUCUAGAUACUAAGUAGGCAAUUACAGCAACAACAACAACAAAUAACACCAGAUAGAACUAUAAAAAUCAAUCCUCGCCUCUCUCUCACAGCUCCUGCUUUUAAAAUUUUAACCCUCGGACGUACACGCAAAUUCAUACCCCCACCGUGGCUCAAGGAGGGCGGGGGGGGGGUGGAUGGAACCCUUCCGCGGAGUUUUUGGUAUGUUACAGUAUUUCGAAACGAUUCUACCUUUAGUGGAAAGCCUUUGAUCUUCUUAACAAGAUGAGGUACAUUUUAUGGGUGAUGGCGCUGCUGGAGGCCUGUGACGUCACCAACAAUGGUCGCCAUCUUGGCCGCCAUCUUGGAUUUUACCAAGAAUUAGAAAUCAGGUUAAAACCGCGAGAAAUGGUAAUUUUUUGUGCUUUACAUGAAAAAUAACACAUAAAUAAGCACUUUGCAUGAUUUUAGCCACAAGAUUUACUUUUACUGUUGAAAGAAGUUGAAAAAACAUGUAGUUUCACCCAAAAAUGGCUUGACCACCUGCUACUUAUGACGUCAUAUCUCGUAACCAUAGCAACUGACUAUCACUAAACUUCUCUCAAAAUGUGCGCCAAGGAUGAGCGAACAGUUGCUGAAAACGUCAGGUGCUGGUGUUUUAUCCUCUAGGAAAAAAACUCAGAAAAACCUUAUGGGGGGUGGCAUUUUGUACGUCCGAGGGUUAAAGUUGUGUUCCCUCCACUCAACGAAGUUUUUCUUUUAAGCCUGCAAAGUCAAAGCAUCUUCCCUCUUCAGUUAACUACUGGACUUGCUUGUGUGACGAAUGUGUCUCAUCAAGAGAGGAUAAAGGGGACAGAGAAGGCAUCCUCCAUACACACCCUAUUCCAUAGGCAAUUCUUCUCGAGUUAUUUUUAAGACCACAGAUCCCAAGGGGGAUUAGACAACAGCCAAUCACAUAGCGCGAAUGUGUUCCGCGUGGAUGACCGACGCUCAGAGUCGCGCGUCCUUCACGAAUUGAGGCAGAAAAAAUGGCGAAAGACGCGGAGAGCAAUAUUGCUAUUCGUUUUGUCGACGAAAACGACUAAAGAGAGAUUUCUGCUAAAGCUGUGUCAGCGAAACGGAAAUUAAAAAGAAUCGCCCUUCCUCUCUUGUAUAGAGUUAACAGUACAGCAGGGAAAUCCUUAACACAGUGAAUAUUCUCUCAGGAUCAUUUAUAAUUUACAGUUUGAAGAGAGCAAUUUCUGGUUUGAUAUUUAUUUUUUUAUUAGUCUUUUAUUCAACAAAAAUAACACUUGGCGCCCUAUAAUGAUAAUAAUAAUAAUAAUUUAAUAACUUCUAGAGCGCUAUUUACAUUCACUGAUCAACAGCGCUUAACAACUUAAAAAAACUACAAUAAAAUUCAAAUUUGUAAAACUAAUUACAUGUACAUGAAUAUUACUUGCUACUUGCUUUAUUCAUUACAAACGACCGGUUUCAAUAGACCGGCGAAAUUUCUCAUUUAGGUUACGAUAACUUCGAGUUAAACUGAUUUCACGGGUUGUCAAAGAGUCGAGCGAUUCCCUUUUCCCAGGUGAGCGCUGACUCAUUUCGCUUCAAUAUUCAGAAAUGCUCUCGAUCUCUUUACGCUUUCAUUGCCUUUUGCCCGGCAUGUUUUGCAUGGCGUUAGUCAUGCGAAACCUCCACGAAACAUCCACGCAGCGCGCGAGGUAACUUUAUCCCGAUUCUAAAACUAACUCGAGACGAAUUACCUAUGGAAUAGGGUGUGUAUGGGGGAUGCCUUCUCUGUCCCCUUUAUCCUCUCUUGGUCUCAUCUUUCAGCAAUCCAGCGGAUACCAAAGCUUGGUGUAGAGGAAAACGCGACAGUAAAGGGCAUACAAAUAUGUGGCAAAUAGCAGAUCUGAAACACUAUAUAUACGUAAACUGAUGCGAGUGGUGGUGGCAUGGGUGGGGGUGGGGUAAUAUGCUUUAAUUAAGGCGUUGAUCGAUGGGCUUUGUCCUUCAUAGCAGAAUAGUAGCUGCCCUAAAGAUCACUAUUUAAGUAUGCAGUUACCUCUAGGCUUUGGUUAUUAAGUUAUUGUUUGAAUGCGAUGACUACUGCACAGCAGUGAAACUUAUUAGAGUUUCAGUGUGGUUUUUAAUGCUGGCAGCUGGCGUUUGAAAAAUGAAAAUGUUACGGGCAAUUGUAACCCUUUGGCGACUGCCAACGAGUAGUGAAUUCGUGCAAAAAAACUGCAUUUUUCACCAACUCCUCUUUUUUUCGACUUGUUAACAUGAGAAUGGCUAAAAAUGAGUUUUGCAACGAUAAGGGCAUAAAGACCUUCUCGCAAGACACAUCAUAUGGCGUCCAGUUCGUUUUCCGAUCGCUCUUAUUCUAUCAGUCGAUAUCAGCCAUCUUACACAGAUCAGGCAAUAGGCCAUUUCUGAGUUCCCCCGGGCCUCUGUUUCCAUACACGAGGUUAAGUGUCCAGCCUUUGAUAUGAAAAUGAUUUUUUAUUCUCAUGCAAAUAAAACUCAUUUUUACAAGAAAGGUUGUGCACCUCGCCUCAUUUUGAAAGCGAGGGUUUUCGGAACUCGGAAGUGGCCUAUUGAUCUGAACCCAAAUUGUUUGUACGUAAGAUCAGUCUUGCUGCCUUGUUUGUAACCAUAUCACAGACUCUCACUAACUUUUUCCAAAAGAGAUUCUAUAUAUAUAAUUUUGUCGCGCGCGCAGCGACCGGAUCACGCAAUCACGCUUUGAUCAUAAAUCUUUCUAUCGGUUUGGUAUCCACAGUUGCCUAGCAACAAACCAUAAACAAAUUCUAAAGACGCCAUUCAACAUGACAUCAUCUUGCAUUUUGGGUUUCCAGGCAACACGUCCAGCGCCUUGGUCUCAUUGUUUAUUGUACGUUGGCGAAUCGCAAAGUAUUUCUGAGGCAAAUAACAGCGGGCUGCAAACAUAAGGAUGCCCGAUUUGACAAGUUGCUGGAAAUCCUUACCGUGGAAGGUUUAACACCGAAAGAACGGUGACUAGCGAGAGCAGCGAAGAAGAAGACCAGUCCGUUAAUCGAGAGGCCUAUGUAAAGCCCGAGAGUGAAUAUUAAAACACGGAAAUAAUGCGAAAUGGUUUUGAAAUACUCGUUUGAGCUAUUUUUCCUCACAUGUAUCUUUGAAUUCAUGAUAAAUACAGCUCCAUAAGGUUCAAACAGUGUGAAUGGCACAGAAAAAUACUUCAACACUAUUAAUUUCAAAGAUUGAUCGGCCCAGUUGUCAGAUGCCGCAUUUUUCUCGCUGGGGGAAGUUGGGGUGCAACUAGGUUCAAACCCCGGCGUGGCUACUUACAUUUUUUUUUUCUUUCAUCGUUUUUUUACCCUUUGGCUUUUUACUGUUUAUUCUCACUGCUGACCCCGUUAGCUUCGCAAGAUUUUUGCGAAAACGUAUUUCUAGUUUAACAGCUAGUUGAGGACGGGGGCGGGAUGCGGGGACGGGGGUGAAUGUCAAGCAUUCACGCUUGGCGACCAGACAUAUCUUGAAGAUACUGAAGUUAUUGAGGAAGAGGCAGGCCCCCUAGACUAUGCAAUAUCGGAAGAAGAAAUUGAUUUCGCAAUCAAAAAACUGAAAUUAAACAAAGCCCCAGGGUGUGAUAAAAUAUUAAAUGAAGUGCUAAAAACCGGGAAAGAUAUCAUAAAACGUCAUCUACUAGAGUUAUUCAAUCGUAUUUUAAGGUCAGGUAAAUAUCCUACGCUCUGGAAUUGUGGCCUCAUCGUCCCUAUACAUAAAAAGGAUGAUCGAUCAAAAGCUGAAAACUACCGAGGCAUCACGUUGCUCUCUGCAUUAGGUAAACUCUUAACAUCCAUCCUCAAUGAUCGAUUGUAUGAUUCAAAAAAGGAAUUCUAAAAGUAGAACAAUGCGGCUUUAAAAAAAGGCACGGUACAGUAGAUAGCAUCUUCAUCUUAAAAACACUCAUAGAUAAGUUUGUUAAAUCUAAACCACAAAAACGCAGAAACUUGCUUUUCUCGUGUUUUGUAGAUUUUAGAAAAGCUUUUGAUCGCAUACCCAGGCAAAAAUUAUUCGAAAAACUCAGAAAAGAAGGAAUUAAAGGGCGUUUUUUAGAAAUAGUAAUGUCCAUGUACUCAAAAGAUAAAUCAGCAGUCAAAAUCAACAACAAAAAUGACCGAAGCUUUUCCGUGUUACACUGGAGUUAAGCAAGGUUGUAUGUUAUCACCCACCCCUUUUAAUCUCUAUCUAAGUGAUCUACCCGAAUUUUUAAAUUCACCAAGCUAAACCGAUAUUCUGCUUGAUGACUCUGAAAGACCUAUAAACUGUUUAUUAUAUGCGGAUGACUUAGUGAUCUUUUCGCGGUCAGCAAAUGGACUACAUACACUCCUCAACAAGUUGGAAUCCUACUGUGAGAAAACUGAACUAUCUGUAAAUCUAGACAAAACAAAAGUCAUGAUCCUUAAAUAACUACUCGUUUAAGUAUGGAGUAAAUAAACUAAAUAAUGUUAAAUCUUAUAAAUAUCUGCGAAUGACACUGAACCCGUAUGGAAAUUUUAGUUUAGCUAGAGAAGAGUUAAAAAAAGUUGGGCUUAAGGCACUUUAUAAACUAAGAAAAGAGAUGAGUGACAACUUUAGAGAAAAUAUUAUGCUGACAAUUAAGCUAUUCGAUGCUCUGAUAUCCCCCAUACUUCUCUACGGAAGUGAAAUUUGGGGUGUUGACUGUAACGACCAAAUAGAAAAAUAUCCCGCAGAACUAUUUCAAAUUAAAUUCUUGAAAUGGUUGCUAGGUGUAGAUAAAUACUGCAGCAACAAUGCAUGUAGGGUUGAAACAGGAAGAUAAAAAUCGAAGCACAAUAUAGGAAUUUUAAGUUUUGGAUAACUCUAACCAAACACCCAACGCACAAAUUAUCACAGGUGGUUUAUUAAUGAUAUGAAGUCGAGGAUGAAUAAGGAAUUAUGGAGCCAAAAAAUCAAACGCGUAUUAGACCAAAUAGGGCUGGGAUACCUCUGGACAAAAGCACAUGAAAAUGACAUAGGAAUCUUGAACAUUAUCAAACAAAGACUGAAAGACAUCGAAUUACAAAGAUGGUUAAGUGACGUAAACAAUGACGUAAGAAAAGACGCCAGCCAAAAGAACAAACUAAGAACCUUCCGAAAAUUAUAAAUGUGAAGAUUAUCUUCGUCAGGUCACCAACAUCCGACACCGGAUAACUCUAACUAAACUCCGUCUAAGUAAUCACAAAUUGGCGAUAGAGACAGGUCGGUAUUUAAGACCUUAUAAGAAACCGGAAGAGAGGAUCUGUCCUAUCUGUAAAAAAGACGUAGAAGAUGAAAUACACUUUUUAACUCUGUGCCCUGCGUAUCAAGAAAAAAGAAGUACUUUAUUUGAAUACUUAAACAAAGAAUACAGAAUAUCAGUAAACAGAAUGGCGCCAGAUGAUGUUUUUCUGAUGUUAAUAAACCCUCCGAGCAAGAACAAACCAGUGCAAAAGUUAAUUGCAAAAUACGUAUUCGACUGCUAUGAGAAAAGAAGAUCAUUAGUUCUUUAGGUUAACAUUGAUUACAGUUCCACUAGUUUGCAAUUUGUGUUAUGAUUUUAAAUUAUUUGGAUAAAGUCGAUGUACAUAGGACUGUAUAAGACUCCAAAUAAAGCAUUGUCUUGUCUUGUCUUGUCUUCACGCACAAAUCUGAGGAUAAAUAAACUUCAUACUCAAAAGUUAGACAGGCGUUAUAGCUUUACCGCAAGAAGAUUCCACAGUACUAAAUUACCGGCGUAGUAUCUACCUCAUUAGUAGAGUAAUGUACAGAAAAACAGAAGCCGACACAAUUCUUCCUCCUGAACACAACCCUCGCCCCCCGGCAUCUAGUUACCUGGAAAUUGACCUGACCUACUGAAUUUAUUCUCGCGAUAUGAACAUCACACAUACUUGAAUCGGAUCAAACCAAAACUUUCUUUGCUUCUGGUAAAAAAUCUUGGAGACAAAUUCGACAAGUGUGCAAACUUUGAUAACGAGGUGCGUUUACGUAUUUUUUGGUCCGGGGGGGGGGGGGGGUACUCCUGGAAAUUCUUGGUGGGGGUGUGCCGCCCGGUUCUUCAAAUCCUGAUAGGCAGAAAUUAUAUUAUCAUUACGUAGAUUACAGCGCAAACAAAAAAAAUAUUCAAAUUCAUUUUGAAUUCGCAUAUUUCUCUAUCUUUCCUUACUCAUUUGGAAUGGAAACGAUAAAUACGUUCAUACACUCCGUAGUUUCCUCGAAAACCAUACGCGAUUCCAGACCAAAUGGGCAAAGUGCAUACCCGUUUUCAGAUCAACAUGGGCAAAGUGUAUACCCGUUUUCAGAUCAAAACGGCGCAAAAAUCCUACCCGAUGGGGCCGCACAUACCUAGAUGGCUUAUAUAACGGAGUACCCCCCGGGUCUUUGGUUCUGUUUUUUGUUUCUAUGCUGCGUUAUGCUUUUGAUGUACACGCCAUUGUUUGUUUACCUAGGCUAUGACUAAUAAAAGAACAAGAAAGAAGAUCACUUCAAUUUUUAGCACUAGCAUGACAAGGUAAUUCAUCCGCAGUGCUAAAUAUUUACAAAUCAAUAUCUCAUUCUAUAAUACACACUUACGACGUAAACAGACUUGACAUUUCAUGUAUUUCCGAAGGAUCCUUGCCGAAGAUUAAUUUCUACACUGUUCACUUUCCAACUCACGUUCAUUCGGAGACCAUAAUUGCUCCCGGAAUAUCUUUCGGGGUUAAUUCUAUAUCUCUGAAUCACAAUCCGUUCUUGUUUUCGCCACCCUGUUCACUUUUAUCGAAGUUUGCAGAAAAUCUGUUCGCCCUUAGCUAGGCCUCGCUUUCGAACUUACUUCGUGAGUGUGUAUCAUUAAAUUGCUUUGCUUGUUUUUAGUCACAAAUAGGAAACGUCUUCUGGCAGAGAACGUUAUACUGAACACAAAUCCAGAAAUGAAUACUCUGCAGCGAAAAUAAAGUUUCAUGAGCACUGAUUUCUUUUAUAAUUCCCUUGUUUCUUUGGUGAUUUAUGGUUUCGGAAGAAAUUCUCCAUCCCUAAAGCAUCAUGACAAGUUAGGAGCCGAUUAUCAAGCACAGUAUUUGGUUACUGUUUAUAGUCAUAUCAUUUUGUCUUACAACGCCAUUUUUAAAGGGUAUAAGUCAAGGUUGACAACAAGAAAAAGAAUGUAAAAAAAAGCCAAAAACAUCGAAAACCCUUGGCGCGCCCAUGUCUGCCAUUUUAAAAACUUAACUUUUCGCCCUGUUUACUCCAAAAAAAACAAAAAAAAAAACGGCUCGUCCAAUUGUUUUUGCAGUUCGUUGAAAACUGACCAAUUUUCGAUUUUUGGGCUCAAUAUGAUGAAGCUUUUUUGCAAUGCGAUUCCUUGAAUGUAUCGCAUCAGAAGGCAAGCUUAAUAUUCUUGAAUGUUGUGGUGCUGUUUGUCUUACAGUCGUCAUGCAGGGUCUAAAGGUAAAAGCAGUAAUCUCGAUGGUGAUGAAGAAAGAAAACCAAGCUGUUCUCGACGACUGGAACACAGAGCAAGCAAUAGAGGGGAAGAUUGCAAGAGUGAGAGGAGGUAGCUGGGAAAAUUUGAACAGAUAACUUGCCACACGACGGUGUAGAGGUAGAAAGGGGCCCUCGUAUUUGUGCAACGUACUAUAAAGCAAUCCUCGCUCACAUGUUCCUUAGUACCCAGUUCACGCAGCCAGUGCCUAAUAACAACAGGUAUCCCGACGCAAAAAUGUAAUUAUGUUUGGGACAUAAUUUUUUGUUUUUACAUCACGAUACCUUUCCGAAAGUUGUAUAUUGGGGAUUUACUAAUCUCGCAAACUUAGGUAGUCGAGGGGUAAUUAGCUCCGGAUCGCACUAGUUUUACGAAGAGACAAUGUACUCAUAUGGUUGGAUAAAAUUGGCCACUAUUGUGACGUAUUUAUUAAUAUAACAAUGAAAAGUCACGCCACGCUUAACAAACUAAUCAGAGCGUGACGUGACGUGGAAAAAAUUAAGCAAUUGAAUGUCUCUUCGGAAAAGGUGGGGAAGAAAUAAGCGCCACAAGGCACACAGCGUGUGACCACCCCACCAAGAUCCGGAACUAAGAACCCCGAGGAAUAUUAAACUGAAAACAGCGUAGUCUGCUACACAACCGUUUUUAGUGUCGUCACGCAACGCUCCUCCCCACCAACGGCUGCUGAAAACCGAACUACAUUCCUUUCCCUUUGUGUUUGUGGUCUAACGAACAAACCAAUCACGUACAAGAAAUUUGACAAUACGUGAGCCGCAGGGCGCUAGGAAGCGAGCACGCUUCUCAGUUUUCGACAAAUCAAUCAAUCGUCGCUGAAUUUAGACUGGCUCUGUGUUUUCAAGCAACGAAAAGGUUAAUUUGCAAAAAAGUUUGUUUUAAGCGGUCAAGAAAGGUCCAAGUGAAAAAAGGAUUGAUAGGCCUAGAAGACUUUUACGAAGAUCGGUUGGUUCUUCAUUUAACGUGUAUAUGUGCUGAUGUAUAAUGAAGAAUUUAAUGUACAGGAUGUGCUCAUUGUGUUUCUGUGAAGACUAAACUCUCAAGGGUACUGAUUCAAAAAGCAAUCUUAUAAAUUAUCGAUGAGCGAUUUCUCGAAACUAUACCUGGCAACUUUAUGAGCACAUCCAUGUUGUGCAUCGCAAUUUGCUCGACUUGCUUGCUGUUGCUGCUUAUGUCCUAAAUUUUGAAUAGGACUCGACUACGACAACACUGUAGUUAAUUGCUUGUUUUCACGCGACGAUUUUGAUUAUUCUGUCAUUCACACAUGGGCCAACGAUAAAAGCAAACCUGUGAUUGGAGGAGUCACAGUUGCGCAAAGGCGGCGCGAACACCUUCCAGAAAAUGGGAGCUGAAUUAUAAUUGGCUAAUCACGGGAAAGGAAUGUAGUUCGGUUUUCAGCAGCCGUUAGUGGGGAGGAGCGUUGCGUGACAACACUAAAAACGGCUGUGUAGCAGACUAAAAACAGCGAGGAUAUAAGAAAAUCCUGUAAAGUACGGUCGUUUCCAGCAGCCCCUGGCUGACCUAGUCAUGAACCGCACGCGAACUGACAUUGAAAACAGAGGUUAAAUAACAUAUCAAUUCGUGCCAGGACCGUAGCUCCUGCGUAAGACAGAUAACAUAUUGAUAAAGUAGUACAUGGGAACAGAUUGGUAAAGUACAUAGUAAGUGACAGCGGAAAGAGUCCACAGUGAAAAACCCUUUCAGUAUGGCAGCCCCUGACUGACCCACGCAUCAGGGAAUCCACCGUGGCCCGUGAAAGCUAACCAGAGAUGAAGACAAAAUAUACUGGUCCCAUAACGGAUGUUUAAUUAGCCGUAGUGAAAAUCACCGCUGCAUAGCAGCUCCUGACUGACCUAUACAACGGAGGUCCAACCGCGGCUUGAAUAGUGUCUUUGAAACGUUUAAAAACAAUUAGUUAGCCUUGAGUGAAGGCGGACGAAUGUAAGUUCUAAAAGCGUCCGAACUCCAUCUACCUAGGGCACGUAUUUGAGAAUCCGAAAAACCUUUCUCAGACGCAUGGCACGCUGCACCAAUGCGAAAGCUAUGGCUCUUGUAGCGAGAACAAUCAAGGCCGCAAAAGUUCAAAGCACGACGGAGCUCAGUGUUAAAAUUAUUUGUCGAGAUUGCCCCGCCGGCUGCACACGUGAACAAGGGGCCUUUAUGGUAACCCCUAAGUUUAAUGUAGUCGAUUAAGGUCUGCACGGGGCAAAACGUUUCUGAAGGUUCGCUUUCUAUGGUUAUGACAAACGGCCGAUUAUUCGUGUUGUGUUUAAACUUAGUGAUCACAAUCUUGACAGCCGUCACUCGGGAAGAUUGUUUCAAAAAAGUGACUUGAUCAAAUUGCACAACGGUGUCAACUUGCUGUUUACUAUUGCAAGAUAAUUCACCUAUUCUGAAGAAACCAUAAAAUGCUGUCAUGAACAUUGCCCCGAACAGAGAUCUACGAUAGGCAGAUGGGCUAGUAUGCUGUAACGCUCUAACUAAUUCGUACAAUAAUGGACGUGAAAUGGGCAUACGAACAUCGGCUUGACCACGGCGGCCGACGGCCACAAGAAGCUUUUCAACUAAAAAUGAUUUGGUCGGGUCGUAGUGGCCUUUGAUCUUAUGUACAUAUGCUAUUGCUGAUAGGUACGAGUUUAUGGUAGCAGGAGCAAGGCCCUUCGCACAUAAAAAGGAAAUGAAUAAUGCGAUACACGCGGUCGAAAGAGGCAAAUGUAAAUCGGCACCCUGAUAGCGGGUAUAGAAUUCAGUAAAGACAACCCAAGCACGUGAGUAUUGUUUGCGACACUGCUCCGACAAUGAGGAAUGUAGUAAUUCCUUUAGCGUAUCGACCACUUCUGCGGGAGAAGGGUCUCGGGAACAUGAGUUGGCUCUGGGUCGGCAUCUGGGAAUGCUUUCCUGAAAUCUACAAUCUGUAAACGCCCGGGUAUUGUCAACACCGGGUAUAUGAUAAGGCCGAAACAAAAUAUUAUGACGUAGUGAUGUUAGGACAAGGUCACGUACUAAGUUCAUGAUCAUGGGGUGUUUUGAAGUCUGCUUAUUGAUAAUAGGGAAAUUAAGAACCACGACGACGACUCUGUCGACGACGACCGGAAGUGAGAUACCGUGCACUACGCAAGCGCGAUUAGCAAAUUUCGUCGUCGUGGUGUCGUCGACGACGCCAAACACAGUAGAAUCACGUCGUCCUGCAAUCCACAAGCUUUGGCAGGUAUAACUCCUUGUUUUUAAGCGAUUUUUCAAGGGCUUUGUAUUUUUUAUCCUCGUAAAUCCAGGUAUCCUUUCUUUUUUCUCCUAACAAGCGAUGUUGAUUGAAAAUUCGACUGAUGAAUUGUGUUUACUUCGAAGACAACACUGAGCUGUGCAGGCCGAGCGAGCGAACUCGUAAGUGAUAAAUUUAGUUGUACGUAUUUAGGAAAGGCAAAUCAUAUAUCUUUAAUAAAGAGGAAAUAAACUUUAUAUGGAAAACAGCUAUCGCAUCGGAAUGUCUCUUUUUCCAAAACUAACCUCUGACAGACACUCGGACUCGGUCAUCUCAUUCAGGUUGAAAGUUGAAUAAUCUUCGUACGGAAAGCAGAGAUUUUUCUAUUCGAAAAGGUCAGACAUUACUAAAAAUUCUUCAUCGUCAAUGAAAGUAGACGUACGGCUUAUAAAAUAAGAUCUUGCAUCGUUUUAAAAGACGCCUCUGCGAAAAAACUUUGUUGCGAACGAACAUCACAGUUCUACUACUUCUACUUGUUUGUUUACAUUCAAUGUCGUCGUCGUCGAGCUACCGAUCGACUACAUCUUAAGUUUCCUUAUUAUUCAUUCAAAAUAUUUGCCCGAUUCUGAUUGGCUAAAAGCACACGUUUAAUUCACCAUAACCAGUUACUGAUGACCAAAUUUGGAAGAAAUUUGACUUUAACGAGGAAAUGACGUCAAAAAUGCAGCGUUUUCGCAGGUUAAGGCACCGUUAACCGAGAAGACCUGGGGACGAGGUCGAGGUUGAGUUGUUUUGGUUGUGAACUUGAAAAAAUGGCGGACAUUUCACUCGUUUCAAGAGUAAGAACUGGGCGAAAAAAUAGCUAAAAACAUGGCAAGAACAGCAAGAAGACAACUCGAAGGGCGACAUCUGCUAUUUGGAGAAUAUUUGCGGAGCUGGACAAACGUAAACGUACACUAUCGAAGAUGAACUGAACAUCGAUGGAUCGAUGGAGGUAAGCAUGUUUUAGCUAUGUUUUUAAACUAGGAAUUAUUUUGAAUGAAUAAUAAAACAGUUAUUGAAUUCGGCUUUCGUAUCAUAUGAAGAAUUAUGGAGAUCUCGGAGGGUGUUAUCCGCCUCGGCCUACGGCCUCGACGGAUAACACCCUCCUCGAUCUCCAUAAUUCUUCAUAAGAUACUCAGCCUCAUUCAUUAACUGUUAAUUUUUCCCGCCGAAACUGACGUUCUCGUUCCAGUCCUUUCCCGGUCAACAGACGUCGUCGUCGUGAACUUCGUCGUGGUUCUUAAGUUCCCUAAUGUCAACCAAAGCCGCAUUAUCAGUAAACAGAGAGACACAUUGAUUGCUCAUUUGACAUCCCCACACGUGGAGCGAGAUAGUAAUCGGAAAGAGCUCCAAAAAUGCAAUGUUCAAUGAUUGCCAAUUGGCAGGCCAUUCUCCGUAAAACCAAUGUUUCCCAAAAAGUGCGCCAUAGCCCUUUGAGCCCGCGGCGUCGGUGUAAAGUUCGAGAAGCGGUGAAACCUGCCACGGUUCGUCCAGAAAAAAUGUACGGCCAUUAAAAUCUCUUAAAAAUUGAAGCCAUACUAAUAAAUCUCGACGACAGGCUUCAGUAAUCCGUAUACGAUGGCGAGGGAGACGGACACCCUUUGUGAGAUCAACAAGCCUCCGAAGAAAGGCCCGACCAGGUAGAACAACUGAACAAGUAAAAUUUAAUAAUCCAAUCAAAGAUUGAAGUUCUUUCAGGGUAGUUUUACGUCUGUGCAUGUCCAAUAACUGAGCAUUGCAUUUUUGAAGCUUAUCGUCCGGCAGACGCGCUUCCAUAUUAAUCGUGUCGAGUGUUAUCCCAGCAAACUGUAAAGUGGUUGAAGGACCUUCCGUUUUUUCAUGUGCUAUAGGUACUCCUAAACAAUCACAUAGGCUCAAAAAGUUGUUUAAAUCGGAGGCACAUUUCCCUUGAGAGGUAGCAGUAAACAAGAAAUCAUCCAGAAUAUGCAAAACGCCGGAAGCACAGAGAUAAUGUUUAGCAAGCCACUCGAGCGCAGUGCUAAAAAACUUCAAAUAUAGCGCAAGACGAAGAACAGCCCAAUCGUCAGGGUGAAUCGGAAUAAUGCGGAAAGGUGAUUUUAUAUCGGUCUUGGCCAUGUAGCAACCCCUACCUAACGACUUAAUGAGUGUAAUAGCAUCACCUAUUGAAGCAUAUUGAACCGACGAAAAUUGGUCCGGAAUAAAAUCAUUCACCGACGAUCCAUCUGGGUAUGACAAAUGGUGUAUAAUACGAAAUUGCCCUGGGGGUUUUCUUUGGAACUACGCCUAAAGGUGAAGAAAUAAAAUUAUCAAAAGGUGGACGAGAAAAUGGACCCACAAUUCUUCCAGCGCACCAUUCUUUCUUAAGUUUAGCAGCUAAAAUUUCAGGUUGGUCCUUCGCACUGCGCAAAUUUGAAGCAAGACGUAAUUGGCUAGUACCAACCAACAAACCCAACGCGAAAUCCAAACGAAAAGCCAUCAAUCAAAAAUUGCUUAAGACGAGGAUAGUUGUAAAAGGGGGCUAAGUGUGGAUACUUUUACCGGCGUUACUGGUGGGCUGUUUAUUAUGUGAUGGAGUUGCGAUAGUUCUAUCUCCGGCUGGUUUGGGAAUGUGUGAGGCAGAUUGACAGGACGUUGCUGCAUGUCUACCACCACAUUUGGAGCAUUUAUGGUCAUAUCUGCAGCCCGCACAGGGACGACCGGCGUUGAACGUGAAACACACCCCUCUGACCGUUGAUUGUUUUCCCCUAAACCUCGAGUUGGGUUUGUCGGUUGCAAAAUAUCCAGAUUUGGCACGAAAAGUCACCGCGCGAUGCCAUAACUCCCAAUGUACCACUCCCCAAGGGUACGUUUGUGGGUUGCCUUGACGAAGAUACCGGAACUGUUCAUCGUAAUAGUUCCAGUCCCCCCCACGUGUGGCGAUGUUGCGCACUGUUUCGCAAAAUUGCAUCAAAUUUGGCGUCUCUCUGGGGAAUUUUUCGCAGUAGACUGCAACAAAAGAGUGGAAAGCCGACACCCACUCGUGAAUAGACGUCAAUUUCUUUGCAUUGUUUACCGGUUCGAAUGUAAAAUUAGGGGUUUUAGACCCAAUUCCGGCGGUGGGAGCGAUGAUAGAUAAUGCGAACUUAUCCGGAUUAGGGGACGUAUCUAGAAGAGAGCCAAAGUUGACGAAUUCCUCCGCCCAGAUCUUAUUCUUUAGGCGUGCACUCAAGCGGCUACCUAAGGGCACACCUAUACUAAAAAAUAAAGGCGCACUUGGUAAUAUCUCGCUACCUGACGACUCAACGGCCUCAACUGGAGUAUUGGUAAGAGAUUGCACAUCGCGUUGCACUGCGUCGGCGACCAGAUUGAUGGAACGGGAAGAAUUCUGGGCCGCGUUGGUCGACUGUAUCGCCGUUUUCACUGCAGCUACAAUAGACGAAACCAUUGCAUUGGAAAGGCCCUCCGAUUCCACACCAGAUGUAGACGCCUCAACGGCCGCUUGGGAGGGGGGGGAUUUCGAACGGGUCAGGAUCGUCAGGUACAAAUUGUACGUUGACGGUUAUCAUCUGCCGGUCCUGCUGUUCGUCGCGAUUUCCUUCGUGGCGGCAUGCUGAUUAAUAAGGCCUAUAAAACUUAGCUAGAGUUAAUUCGGAUAUGUUAUAGGCAAAGUCUGGAUUAGACAACAAGGAGAAUCAAGGGGGCAGAAUGCAUUGUACGCUAAUUCAAACAUGCAGGAUGCCCAUUAACCAGCUACAAAAAUCGUAUGUCAUCAUAUGUGAUGUGAGAGCGUCAGUCACGGGCCGAUCACAUAGGUAUCUAUAAAGACACAUGUAAAAGCGUUAAUAGCUGGAGUGAAUUGGGCACGUCAACGACGGCCGGAUUUGGUUGUCACUCAGGCAACAUAACGCAACAAAUUCCAAAGACCAUGAUUGACAUAAAUCAGGGAUGGGCAUCACACAGGAAUGCACAGAAUCCCAAAGCAACUAUUAAAUUGCAACAAAAGCACAUGGACAGAACAUAAAAAGACACCAAAAGCCCACUGAACGCAACUCCUUGGCCAAGGCUAUGAACUUGCCAAAAAUUAAAAUUGGUUGGGCGAGAAAUUCCUUAUGUUGUUAUGCGUUUUAAACAAUGCAGUACUGGCCCCCUUACACUUCUGUUCAGUUUAUGCUGCCCUUCUGUAUUUAAGUGGACACCAUCGUAUGACAAAUAUGAACGGGAAGCCCGCCAAAAUCCCCGAUGCGUCCAAUAUAUGGCAAAGGGGAGCGGUUCUUAGACCCCUUGAAGGUACUGCGCCAGGAUUUGUACGUUUGCAUUGAACGCCCCAACCGGGUGCCUUUUAACGGUUUGACCGACACAAACUAAGCGAACCCCGUACUCAUUAUGAGGUAAACAGACCAAAUCCUCGAUGGCAGAGCCAACAGAUGCUGGAGAAGACCGACGGCGUGUGAGGUCGUUAGUGCCGAUUUGUAAAAUUACAACAUCAGGUUUAAAACGUUCUACUUCGGUUAAAUCAAACCGCUUAACCUUAUCGAUUGUUCGACCCCCAACGCCAUGCCAAUGAAUUGUAACCGGGGUACUAAUGUUUAAAUUAAGGUUAUAUGUGAGACUAUUCCUAAUAAUAAAAUCCCGGAGCCUACGUAUAAAGGAGUGACCCAAAAUCAGAACCUUCGGCUGUUCCAUACAGACAAAAAAAAAACACACACACACACAAAAGAACUUGCCUGAAAAUUUGAACAGAUAACUUGCCACACGAUGGUGUAGAGGUAGAAAGGGGCCCUCGUAUUUGCGCAACGUACUAUAAAGCAAUCCUCGAUCACAUGUUCCCUAGUACCCAGUUUACGCAGCCAGUGCCUGAUAACAACAGGUAUCCCGACGCAAAAAUGUAAUUAUGUUUGGGACAUAAUUUUUUGUUUUCGCCCUGUUUACUCCAAAAAAAAAAAAAAAAAAAAACGGCUGUCGACAUAAUAUGACGUCACUAAGUUCGUCCAAUUGUUUUUGCAGUUCGUUGAAAACCGACCAAUUUUCGAUUUUUGGGCUCAAUAUGAUGAAGCUUUUUUGCAAUGCGAUUCCUUGAAUGUAUCGCAUCAGAAGGUAAGCUUAAUAUUCUUGAAUGUUGUGGUGCUGUUUGUCUUACAGUCGUCAUGCAGGGUCUAAAGGUAAAAGCAGUAAUCUCGAUGGUGAUGAAGAAAGAAAACCAAGCUGUUCUCGACGACUGGAACACAGAGCAAGUGAUAGAGGGGAAGAUUGCAAGAGUGAUGACGAUAAUGAUGAUGAUGAUGAUGAUAAUGAUUACAAUGGUGAUGAAAACGAGAAGGAAUCUGCUGAAGACGGAAAUCCGAACCAGACAACACGUAAGCUUAACCCGCUGCGUAUAUAAAGGUCAAAAGAACUUAUGACCGUCCAAGUAAUUGUUACAUACGACCAGGCUCUAGCUAUGCUCGGUAAGCAAUGGUAAGGUAUGGAAAUUAAUCGUGGUAUUAUCCACUCACUUUUAGACGACGAAUGCGUACAGAAUGAAGGCUGUUCCCUUUCGGCUGCGUCGUCGAAGUCCAAAUCAAAAGGUUUCGGAAAAAGGCUUUUUGGAAAGCUUAAGAAGGUAAGGUAGAGUCGAUCAGUAUAGCUUUUUUUAAUUUAGUGAAAUUCGUAUUAAGAUACAUUUUCUUUUUCAGUCUUCAGUGCUACGUUACAAUGUUAUCACUAAACUGAAGGUUUAUUUAAGGUGGCUGAACACAGUUUUGCGCGCGGUCAGCGGUAACUCGCGUGGCGGCGCGUGUUUUAAAUUAGACAAGCAAACAUGGUGGCGAAAAAAGCAGUGGUACAGAGGAGAUGAUUUCUCAAAAUCUACUCAUUAAAAUUUUGUGAUAUUUGGCAGAAUUUUUCCUUUUAUCGUAUUUUAAAUAAUGAGAACUUUAAAAUGGAAGUUCAACAGACAAAUUUUGUGACACAUUUAAUAAUUACAGUACGAUUGUAUUAUUGAUUAUCUAAAAACUUGUCUGUUAAAAUUUGGUCAAAUAAGUUUCAAAUGGUAAUGAUUAAUAAUAGUAAGCUGUGUGCAAGUUUAUAGGAAAAUCUAAUGAGCGAACUUUAUGUAAACUGGGCAAAAGUGGAAUUUUAAGGUUGUAUUCAGUCGUUCAUGUUGCCAUGGAAACUACGAAAAAGUCACAUUUUACCUGUCAAUCAAAAUCUUUUAUCAGUGUAUUUUUCACUUGCCAAGUUUCAGCUUGUGAGCUGCAAACUUGCUCUUGCCAUGAUUUGGCAAAUAACAUAUACUCACUAACUGCCAAAACUGUGUUCAGCCACCUUAACAGACACAUUUUAAUCGCUGGCGAGCCUUAGCAACACACAACGCUAUUUGCUCUCUCAAUAUUCGUUAUACUGUAUUUGAUUCUCCAUAAAAGUUCAAUUGCUUCUCCUGUUACCAACAAAGUAGUGUAGCCCGAAAAAACAGGACCCACUUAUAUAUUGAAACUAUUAUUCUAUUUAAGAUUUCAUUUUCAUUUAGUGAAAUUAAAAUUUUAGCACUUGGCUCCGGUUUGGAGAAAGGUCAUCCAAAGUUUCCUUUUGUAAAUCAUGCAAUUUUCAAUCUGCAUUUUAAUUUUUGCCUAUGGUUUUGUUUGACAAUUCGGAUGACAUACAAAAAAAACCCUCAAGCUGGUCCGUGACGUUUUGAUAGUUCAAGGCAGGGCCUUUUCCAGACAUGUGGUAUAGAUAAAUGUAAAGAAAGAUCGAUCUGCUAUCACCGAGGGUGCGAGCCAGUGGGGAGAUCUGGGGCACGCUUCCCUCAUACCACCCUCCCAGAAAAGUUUGAAAUGUGGAAGCUCAAAAACGCUGAUCUCGGAAUGUUUCAUAAGGUCUUGCAAUGUAAUGGCCAGAAUUUUGGCAUAGAUAUGGGAUCCCUAAGGGCGGCAUCGGGUUGGGGGGAGGAGGGAUAUGGGGCAGCACGCACGUCUCCCUCACUCCUUCCUCCCGGAAAACUCGAAUCUACGGAUUUAGAAACGCUGUUUCCGGAAUGUGUCAUAAAGUGUUUCUUCAGAAAAGUCAAUCUCAUUCAUCUAGGGAUUAUUUUUUCCAAUUAUGCCUUUCAAUUCAUUUAAUUUUAGCUUAGUUAAAAUCUAUAGACGAGACAAGAGCCUUUUCUUACCCCUUGCUAGCUACUGCUCCACAAUCUACCGGCAAAUUAGAUCCUGUGAAAGGUUUGAACCCAGGAGUCUUUUCAUAAGUUGGCUGAGCAUGAUCGUCCGGGUGAACGUAGUCCUAACAUAGGACUUUUGUUGUUGACAGUGACUAACGUUUCGACAACUUAUUGGGUGGUCAUUUUCAGAGUCAAAGUGAGUUGUAUCACGUCAGUUUUAUGGUAUUAAACUCUGGUUAUUGACUUGAUUGGUCAAUUAAGUCGCAAUCUUAUUGGUCGUCUGUCAGUUAAGCCGUGCCGUUAGUUUCUAUGAAGAGUCGAAGUGUCAUUGCAUUUUGGUGCGUUUCGACUCGUCUAUUGUCACAGUUUAACAGUCGUUUAUUGUUAGUCAAAUUGUCGGUUGUCCAGUCUUGUAGUUAGUUUUGCUUGAGUCCGUCAAUAAGUCGUUUGUACGGUGCCGGUAACUGUUGAUCUUGCCUACUUUUGUUAUUUUAUUUCACUCAGCUUAAACCAGGCCGAAAGUAUCAGGGACUUUUAGCCCAAAUUACCUCCUUGGAGAGCGAGAAGGCAGUCGCUGAAUCCAAAAUUAACCAGUUACAACUUGAUAUGUCUAACAAGGCAGCGGCAGCGGAAUCCAAAAUUCAGGGUCGUAACAUGGUAUAUGGGCUCAUGGCUCAAAGCCCAAAAUAUAACUGGGAUCAGGGCUCAGAGGAAAGGGCUCAGGGCUCAGAAGAAUGGGAUCAGGGAUCAAAAGGCUUUUGAGCCCGAAUCAGAGCUAAUCAGGGAUCAGAUUUUUUACACAGUCUAAAAAUCUCUUAUCAAAAUAUUUUUCCGCUCAAUAAGGUUUGUGUCCAUAGAAUUUCCGGGCCGAGGUACAUUUAAUACCUAUUCUUGCUUCUGGCUGGCGACAGUUCCUGUCAUACGAAGUCCUGGUUAUUUGACGAAAACAUGGUAUCAUAUUCUUAGUUUAUUGAUUGUUGAGGGCACCGUAAUAUGAAUCUCAAGUCACUUUUCUCGCUUUGUAACGCGACUCCUCAACACGCUGUCAACGCCAGAAGGCAGAGAAAGCGAUUUAUACAUAUCUUUUUUUGCGAGAAAAGGGGAAGAAGAAAAAGAACAAAAAGAAAUCCUGUGACAGAGAAAGGUACGUACGUACUUCCUUGACUUAUUUACUCCUGGCAAGGGUCCAAGCAUAGAGUUUUUGGGCCGAACAAACAUAACAAUACACCGCCAGGACAAUGGACAAACCGAUUCAUUGAAAGCGGAAUUUACUGUAUAGGUCCCGAUUGCCUCAUCGCCUUAAGCAAGUCACAAGGCGACUAUGAAUCGAGGUUCGUAUUUUUUGACCAGUAACUUAACUCUUAAAAGUACUUAUAAAUAAUGAGAAUGGACGUCAAAAGUAGAAUACAAAAGUACAAUGAAUUCCCUCGCUUUGUUGCAAAAUAAAUGCUUUCUCGCAAUUUAAUAAAUCUGGUCUAAUUGCAUGGAGUCUUAGGGUUAUCUCGAACUCUGAUGAGAAACCGAGAUCGGUUCACCUACCAGUACUAGUAUUCGGCCGAGAAAGUAAAGGACACAUUCCGUUACUGUAUAACUAAUAAAUGCUUGUUGUAUGAUAAAUACCGUAUUUAUUCGAUUAACCGCCCUGGGCGCUUAUUAAAUUUUUGGACCUUGAGAGUGGGCGCUUAUUCGAGGUGGGCGCUUAUUCGAGGCUGGGCGCUUAUUAAAUUUUCAACAUUUUCAGCAAGUGUAGUAUGUGUAUUUUCCAACAAAACCAUAAAUGCUAAUAACAGAACGCGAAGAUGUAACAAAGCAAGGUUCCUGUAAAAUACUUUGAAGAAAACUCCGUCUUCGGCAAAGUCUCUUAUUAGUAUUUAUUCAGUUUUAGGGGUGGUCGCUAAUUUGAGUUUGAGUGGGAGUGGGAGGAAGGUGUGGUGGGGUGGGCGCUUAUUCGAGGCUUGGCGCUUAUUAACUUUUUCUGCCUUUAGGAUGGGCGCUUAUUCGAGGUGGGCGCUAAUUCGAGGUUGGGCGCUUAUUCGAAUAAAUACGGUAGUCUGAAAUUACAGUGUAGAAUUAGUGAAAAUAAGUGGAACACCAAAGACUUACCUCGGUGAAAUAAAAGUAACAAAACCUUUAUAGUUUAUUUUAUUUAGUUUUUUUUUUAUAAUAGAAACGGUUGAAUUGGCGAAAGGAAUGUUGCAUACUCCAUACUAGAUAUAAGUAGCAGAGUCCUCAGGAAUUUAAUAUAUUAUAGCACUAAGCAUGAAACGCCACCAGUAAGGGGCCCACUAUUUGAUUUUUGAGGCGGGGAUGGGUUAUUUUUGUCACGCAAGAUUUUUUCAGACCUCAUUCGUGCAGUGGCUAUUUUGUUUUACACAAAAUUUACAGACUUUAGUGACAAUAUUGAUCUAGAAGAAUUUUUUCGGCCCUUUGGGCUAUUCGGCCUCGGCUUAUGUAAUGGUUGGCCCCGAAAGGUAUCACCACCUUAGAUUUGGAGCCUGAAUUUUUUAGUGGAGUGAGAACACCCGCUCUGAACGACUACGCAUCGUGGCGGCCCAGCUGCCUUUUAGAAUCAAUAGAGAGGCUCCACCAAUCCUCGUUUAUAUUUUAUACCGGUCUUCAAAGCCUUUACACACAGACAAAGCUGGGUCCAAAGGCACCGGAAUGGCUUCGAAAGUCGCACGGCAAGAGUAAACCUCAAGGAGGAUAUGGACGAGAAAACGAGCGCGGAGGGAAAGGAGCGACAAAGGAAGGCAUUGCAGGGCUUUGCGAAAGAAUUCGGACGAGGUGUGCGACAGCAACGAACGAGAGGGAAGACCAAAGAAAGAGCUGGUACACUUCCACUUGCUCUGAGUAUGUUCAGAAGGAAUGCGUCGGCACAUGGAAAAGUCGAUCUGCUGAAAGUGAGGUUCAAGGGAGUGAAGGACAAACUACAGUUCAAGACGCAGCCGAAGAAUAUGAGAUUAUCUAUUCAAAAGGCGACGUAGUUGCUCUCAAGCACAAUUACAAGAGGUGUAUCAUUCUUUCUUCCUUGCAGUUCUUUUAAAAGAUCUCCACCAUAACGGUGAUGCAUUCGUGGAAGAUCACAUGGGUUUGAGAUGUCUGGAACAGUCAGAAGAAGAUCCCCUUGUAUACCAGACUGGGCACCGUCAACUUAAGUGUAUCAUUGGGAAAGUUCAAAUAAUAAAAGAUGGAAACAACUUCAGUUUGAGCUGCCUUGAAGAGCAACGCCUAGUUGUAUUGCUCCAGGGGACAAUUGAAUCAGAUGAUUCACCUGCGUCAGGUGGUGACGAAGAGGAAGGGGAGCAAGCUCAGGCGGACAACUUUUCAGAGCCAAUUAGAUUUGAAGCUGGAAGGAGUAGGUCUGGAAGACCUACCACCAGAUAUGUCCUCUGACAAUCUACAAUGGUUAUUAAGCCAGGAAAAGCCAUUAAUGGGCUUGACAUAGAUAUGCUGGUAAACUGUAGAGCCUGUGGCUUGCAUCAUUCAAUUUUUCUACUUCAUGUAAAGCAGGUAUUUUGUUAUUGGUAAUUGAUCGUGAUCCUCACUGUAACACACACAGAGUGAAAGAGACUACAACAUCAACAGGGAUAGCAGAAUAGAAAGCUCUGAUAGAACCUACAACUUGCACUAAAAAUUAAAGUUAAUGUUUUUCUCAUAAGCCCAUUUGAGCAUGUUCUAUAUUCUAUUUGGAGAUAAACAAAGUUGCCUAAGUUAAAAUUUUGUGUAAAAACAUGGAUAGGAUCAAUUCUUUUAUCAGGGCUCAGGGAUCAAAAUUUUGGGGAAAAUGGGGCUCAGGGAUCAAAAUAACGGCAAGAAAAUAGGGAUCAAUGGGUCCCGGAUAUACCAUGUUACGACCCUGAAAAUUAACCAGUUACAACUUGAUAUGUCUAACAAGGCAGCGGAAGUGGAAAAGGCACACAAAGAAAGAGACGAUUUAAAGGCUGAAGUCUCGAAAUUACAGUUGGAGGUAAAAGGAUCAAAGACACAGUUAGCAAGAAAGAAUAUUGACACUCAAAAGAAAUAUUAUUUAUUUAUAUUAUUUUCCUCUUUUAGCUCGAAAAGGCACAAUCAGAGAUGGAAAAAAUGAUCGCUUCGCAAGCUCUUGAGGUGAGCGCAUGAUUCUUUCUCCCAGUGUUUUAUUGACUGGCCAGAUAUGUUAGGAAUAAGUUUUUUUGAGUUUUUGCCGUUCUCAUUUCCGUCGCCGUCGCCUUUACUUGCGUAUCUAGUUUGUUUGUUUGUUUAUAUCGUUGUUGUUGUUGUUGUUUUUUUCAAUAUCGAGCAAUACGUUGAACCAAGGCUCAUGUUUUUACCGAGUCAGAUGCGUUUGCCCGAAGGCGGUUAUUUAUGGAAGCGGGGCGUGCGAGGACCCAUUGGAGGGAAGUGGAGGUAUCGCUGGUUUAAAGCAAAGAAGAAUGGCGAGAUCCGUUAUUACAAGAGAGACGGAAAGACGAAGACUUUUAUGGGGUUGGUAUCUGAGUAACUAUAAAUGUUGCCUUUAAUAACACUGUCUGAACACAUUCACACACUAGGUUAAUUCAGCUAAUCUCUAUUUCUGGGAAAGAUGGAGCUGAAUAAUUGCCGUCCACUCCCUUUGCUCGAGAGAAACGUAACAGAGCUCGUUUUCCCUGAUGUACCUUUAACGAGUGCCUGAUACUGAGCCUAUAAAGUCGCACUGUGUGUAAGGUAGAAGUUGCCAGGUGUAUUAUGUUAAUUGAAAGCAACUUUUUCGCGAUCGACUAACUUUGGAUGAUUUCUUGCAGCGCAGAUAGGCGAGAUUCUACACAUAAAAAAAAUAAUACAAUAAUUCGAACCUUCAAGGAAAACAGAAAAAAGUUCCAGUUAUCGGUAGUUCGAGUUAUCGAGGGUAAAAUUAUGUAGAAAAUGUUCUGAAGGGAAAUGAAAAUUGCUUCGAGUUAGCGUGAGGUUCGAGUUAGAGGGUUCGAGUUACCGGGAGUGGACUGUACAAACAUAACAGUACAUGCAGUCAUGUAAUACUCCUUUACUGCCACACUAAGUUAACAUUAAAUGUUAAAUUCCGCCACAUCGGAUGGAAUACUGUAUUUUUCACGUUUUUAGAUCCAUAGAUGUUCGCAUGAUCACAGAAGUUACCGAUCUGCCAGAUUCGGAACAAAAUGAAGAGAGUUCCUGCUUUAACAUCAUUACACCUGAUAGAACUUAUGAGAUAAAGGGAAUUGACAAGGACGAAAAAUUAAGGUAUGGCCGAGUUGUACCUCCACAUCUUGUUGUUUUGUUUUUGUUUGUUUGUUUGUUUGUUUUUUAAGUCUUUAUUGGCGAAAUUUCUUAUCAAUGAGGUCAAUAUUUUUGCAGCGAUCAUCCUAAUCAAACUAAGAACUUUUAGGAAAUUUAAACUUACCCAUGACUACGAAAAUUACCUCACAAAUGUAAGAAACAUCAAUCAUAGAGUAGCAAUCACAAAGCUAAGAUUAAGCAACCACAAACUAGCAAUUGAAACUGGACGAUACGUUAAACCCUAUCAACCACCAGACCAAAGAAUCUGUCCAUUAUGUAAAACUGGAUUAGAAGACGAGGAGCAUUUUUUGAUGAAUUGCAUAGCCUAUAGGGAUCCUAGUAGAGAGCUGUGUUCAAUACGCUAAAAAAGGAAACUAAUCUUUUUCUUGACUCUAUGACUCCAAGCUCUGCCUUUGCAACGUUGAUAAGUAUGAAGCAAGGAGAGAAAACGCAAAAAAUUGUGGCUAAAUAUGUAUGUGAUCGCUUCCACGAAAGAGAUAGACGGGUUAAAUAUAACCUUGUUUAGUUGUAUAAAUUCUACAAAUGUACACCUCUGUAAUUAUUGCACUAAAAUCUUUGUUAUCGUUGUAAACACAUGUGUCUCUAGGCGCUCUGUUGAUAAUAAAGCAGUUAUCCUAUCCUAUCCUAUCAUCCCUUUAUCUACAUUGUAGGUGGAUACCCCUUCAAGGACAGUAGACGAAUCUCGGGAGUCCCAUGAGAGAAAAUAGAAAAUUCGAUCAAAACCCGUUUAUUUAAUAGUCAACACUAUAGAUACGUUCUGUGUGACUACAUGGGCGGAUCCAGGAUUUUUCUUAGGAGGCGAGUGCCGGAUCCAGACGUUCAGAUGAGGGGGGCCCGGUUAUUCAGACCCUUAGGGGGGGGGGGGGCGGUCUCCCAAAAAAAUUUUUUCGGCCCUUCGAGCCUCAGUUUGGUCUAAAAAUAAGGGCAGGGGGGCCCUCCGCCCUCCCCCCGGGAUCCACCACUGGAGGGGAUGAACCACUAAGAAAUGGCGUAACUGACUGUUGACGUAAACAAAUGUUAAAAGUGAAUACGAAGAAGAAGGCUUUUGACUUGGCAAUAACAUAAUGUGAACUGCUGAGAAUACAUAUCAAACAUAUCUGCAUAAGCCGCAGGGCAUCUCGGGAGGGGGGGGGGGGGGGUGAGCACUCCCUGCACCCUUCCCCCUAGAUCCGCCCCUGGACUAUACGCUCAGGCACACAAGAGUUUUUUUUCCUGCUAAAUCAUCCAGCUUCGAUAACGGAUUUUGGGGUAUUUGUUAUAACUUUAGACAUUAACAAGUAGAACCACUGAAAACGCUUAAUAUGGUUUUGUCUUGAUAGGUGGAUGAAAACCAUUACAGAUUUGAUUCACUGGAUAAAUAAAAAAGAUGGAAAGCAGUGAAAAACUCUGAGGAAAUACAAGCAGUGGCUCUUCUAUCAGCGACCCUGGCUUUGAGUAGAGCCGGUUAAUGACCUGGUCAAUUGAUGAAAAUGAUCCAGUUUGGGGAGAAGGACAUGGCACGCGCAUCUUUAUAGUUUUUUUAAAUACAAUUAUUUAUUAUUCAUUCAAAAUUGUUCUUCAUUUUUACUGGUUUGCAUCCCGGGCUAACUCUUCAUGGCCAGUCUGCGCUGACCAAGUCAGUGGGAUAUUACAUGCUUGUUGUUAUUUUACUUGUAUUUUAUUUCUGUUGUUUUAUUGUUAUUGAGGUCAAUCGUAAUUAUCAUUCAUUCAAAACAAUUUCUCCUUUGCUGAUUGGCUCCAAUCCCCUGGGUUAAUUCUUCAUACCCAGCUAGCCUUGACCAAAUUUGGAAGACGUUUCCGAUAUCCAGUAAAAUAGCGUAAUUAGAACAGGCUAUCGCCAAAAGAAAGGGUCAAGGGGAAGAGGCUGCUUUAGUUCGGAGUUUUGGUAGAGCUGGUGAAAAUGACUAAAAAUGACUUACGUUUGGUGAAGGAGAAAUUGUCCGCCGAAAUUGUUCUGCCUAAAACAUAGCAAAAACACACUACGUAUGACAACAGCUAUUUGAAGAAUAUCUGCUAAACUUAAUAUUCUCUUUUAGUAUUUACCAAAUCAGUGAAUAGCACUUUUCGCGCGUUUUGAUUGGCUCCCGUAACUCGGAAUAUCCUUGGCUAUUCACUGUUUUGCGACCGGAGCCAAGAUGGCGUCUCACUUCGAGAAUUUGAGCGAUAAAUGAAGCAGUCGUACAAACAAAUACAAGCCGAGAAAGCGACCAACUUUGGCUUGUCACUGUUUACUGGUAGGUAGAAAAUUAUUUUCAUGCUGAAUUUGCGACAAAAUCAUAAAAAUGCACUUGACAAAAUCGCCGAAAUGUUUGUAAAUUCUAAAUAAAGUUCUUACUAAGUGACGUUUUUAAUUUACAAAAAGUCACUUUCUUCAUUUUUAUCCAACUGAUUUGGUAAAUACUGAAACAACUAUCCCCCUCAGGGUCAGUGAACAGUGCUAGAUAUAUGCUGCGACUCUUCACCUCCCCUUCGGGGGAUAGUUGUAUAAUAUCCUGAAUUUGCUGGCAACUGAAACAAAUGAUUCUAUUUCCCUUAUAAAUCUAUAAUAUGUAAUAAAUAGAAGCCUCAGUGUGGUUAUCAUUAAUAGAGAGAUUAUGAUUCACGUUUUCUCGAAACGGCAAACGUGAAUUUGUACCACGUGACCAAGUUUUUCCCUUAAUUGUCGUUAACUGUUUAUUACUUCAACUAAAAAAAUAAGUAGUUUCACGCCAGUUUUAUACAUACAAAUUAUUCUGGAGAGUUUCUAUCUGCUUAUUUUCUAUUCUGAGAAAUUCUCAACUUUAAUCUGACGUUUGCCAUUUGGCGUGAACGUGAAUCUUUAUCUCUCUAAUAAGGGACAGAGAAAAGCCUCAACAUAUUUUCUUUGAAGCGUCAGUUUUUUAAAUGAUUUAAAAAAAUAUGGGCAUUUAUUUAGUAUCUUCAUUGUAGAUUAAAAUAAAACAGUGUUGUGUAAAAAUAAUUCAUUGAUCAUUGCCGCAGUCUCAUUUAAGACUCUGGAAAGCGGUUGUGCGCCACCUUGACUAAAUAUCCAAAAAUGCUUUUUCUAAUACUAAAAAAGUUUGUUCUCAUCUCUUCCGUGAAACAUAAGUUGGUCUUUUAAUGGCGACAAAUAGAGGUAAAGUACACAUAAAGGUCUGUCACAACAUCUCCGUGUAAAUGGAGUAGUCCUUGUCUAUAAAUUCAUCUGUAAACAACGGUUUUGUAUCAUUACUGAGAUGCCAAGUUGUAGAUGCAACUCACACACUCGUCAUCUUCCAUACAACUUUGAAUGCAUGGAAAAACUUUAGAGAGCAUAGAAUAUGAAGGGCGCUUUGCAGAGGGACAUUCUGUCUUCAACCUGAAAUUAAAUAUGGUUAUUAGAAUUGCACAAACGGAGGCAGAUGAAACGCUUUAAAGAACUAGACACCUUUAACAGGUGCUGGUUAAGCCCCCUAUGUACUUAAACCCUUUUAACGUUUCAUAACAGCUUUUGAUAACUCACCAUAACUUCACAACUGUUUUCACCAACGUUUGCAUUUAGAGCAGUUGAAAGGGGUGAAAAGCCCUAGCGCUAAACAAGGUAUGUGAAAGAGGUACCAUUUGUCAAUUGAAGGUAUACGAAAGGGUAGCCUUUCCUGUCUAAAAUGGUAUAUAAAAGGAUAAGGGGUCGGACCUCGGGGCGAAGGCUUUUUUCGAGUGUAUUCGCUACCCCCCCAACAUCAGCCGCCGUUGGUCACAGUCAUCUUUGGUUAGCUUCCCCAGCUAACAUAUUCAGUCCUAUGUUGCUAUGUUCAGACUCAAUUGCUUGCUCACCUAGGCGUUGCAAGGCUAAAGAGGGAAGAUCGCUAAAGAUUAUAGCGGCGACAUGGCAAGGUACAAGCUUCGUUUGAGUUGUGUCCACCCUCUGCUGAUUUUGUAACAUUUAAUUAACAUUAUUAUGUGAGCGUCUGAUAAUCUCUGUCCUUGCGUUUUAAUCAAUCGUUGUUUAGAGCAUUCAUUGUCACGCGUUUACGGGCUAACUCUUGUGCUAAGCUCAUUCGGUUGUCGCAGUUUACUAAAACACAAAGCAUGAGUUCUUUCUACUCGGCUUAUUAGGUUUCAAGUUUAAAAAAAUCCAUGUUUACCUCUCAUCUACUUGAAAGGAAUUCUAUUCUUUUCUUAUUCCAAAAGGCUGUAAGCAGAUGUUUUUGAGGAAAGGAGUUAAAAAGACAUUACAGAGAGA